GUCAUUCUUUCACACUGGAUGAACGAUGUUGAAGGGAAGGCUGCAGAGGAAACGGACAGAGAUAAACAUCCUUUUUCAUAUAUUACAGACAUCAGAGCCAAUAACAGUUGGACCACGUAGAAAUAGAAUAGGAAUAUAUAUUUUUUUCCCUAUAAGAAUUACUGAAACUCAACAUAGGUUACACAGAAAAGCAUGAACAUUACAAAGACAUGUUUUUCAUGUUUAUUAGCUCUGGGAGUCGUACUCUUGUUCUUUUUCAAUAGCAAUUAUCUGAAUGGAAAACAAAUUGUAAAAAAAUUUCACUAUUCUCCAGAGACAGUGGAACUGAAUGGAUCAUGUGAUGCACUGAUCAGACGGAACAAAUAUUUCUUUUGGGGAAAUGUACCAGCAAUAUCUUCUAAAAGAAUGGCAUGUCAAGAAUAUGUAAGGCAAAACCAUUAUAUCACAUCUCCUCUCUCUAGAGAAGAAGCUGAUUUCCCACUGGCUUAUGUUAUGGUUGUGCAUAAAGAACUGGACAUGUUUGAAAGACUAUUUAGGGCUGUCUAUAUGCCCCAGAACAUCUAUUGUAUCCACGUUGAUGAAAAGGCAAAGUCCAAUUUCUUGCAUUCUGUAGAGAGAAUGGCAGAAUGCUUUCCUAAUGUUUUCUUGGCCUCCAGGACAGAGCCUGUGGUCUAUGCUGGAAUAUCAAGACUAUUAGCAGAUAUAAACUGCAUUGAAGACCUGGUAAAAUCAGAGGUACAAUGGAAGUAUGUUAUCAAUACAUGUGGACAGGAUUUCCCAUUAAAGACAAACAAAGAAAUCAUACAGCAUCUUAAGAGAUUCAAUGGAAAAAAUGUUACCCCUGGGGUGCUCCCCCCCAAUCAUGCUAUAGCAAGGACGAAAUAUGUUCAUCGGGAGGAUUUAGUUCAUUCAUUAGUUUUGAGGACCACUUUGGUAAAGCCCCCUCCUCCUCAUAACAUAACUAUCUACUUUGGUACUGCAUAUGUUGCACUGACAAGACAAUUUGCUAAGUUUAUUCUUGAAGAUCAGAGAGCCAUUGACCUGCUGACAUGGUCCAAAGACACUUACAGCCCAGAUGAACAUUACUGGGUGACACUAAAUAGAAUAGCAGGUAUGUACAUUGUGACUUACAUUUGCAUUUCAUUACUUAGAAAUGAAAUGUUGUGCACAUAACAUGUAUACUACACAUACAAAGUGAAAUAAUGAGGAAAUUCUCCAGUAUGAAUGCAGAAACGAAAGUUAUUAUCCCACUGCCUGCUUCCUCCCAUGAUAAUGUAGGCACCCAUGUGUUGCCCGGAUCUUGAUAUGAUAUAUGUAUUUUGUAUACAGCAGGUUAUGUUCUUCUGAUAACAAGACACCACUUAUCAACUUGUUUUGAAUUUAAAAGUCUAUUCCUGGUUGCAGUGGCAGUGCUAAUAUUGGAAGGGCCCUUUGGUAAAAAUAAAUGUUGGACCCCCACCAUAUAUUGAAGGAGUGGCCAAACAUUAGAUCUCAAGUGUCCUACAACUCUGUUGAUGCUUUGUCAGCUGUAGAUCUACCAUCAUUGCAAGAUGUGUUGUAUGUGUGUGGAUGAACGUAGUUUUUUAUGUAGUUUGUGUGUGUAAAUGUUUGUGUAUUUGAGUAUAUAUAAGUAAUGUUAGAAUGCAGGUGUGUAUUUAUGUUAACAUUUGAAUGCAGGGAUGCAUUUUUUGUAUUGUUACGGCGUUAUUAACUAAACACUGGAGUUUGUCUGAAUGGACAAAAGCCGGCGAAAAUGUCUGAAUUCCGACCACAUUGACAAUUCUUAUAUUUACUAAUGGCAAACAAGAUCAGAAUUCGGUCUCCUCAAGUGAAUCUGCAGCAAUUGCGCUGAUGUAUUUAGUGUCCAGAUUAAAAUCACUGUUUUUCGAUCUGAAUCCUAAGUCUAGGAUUUGGAGGAUUCACAAAGCACGAUUUUUAACCUCAAUAAAGACUGAGUGGAUUCAGCAGGAUACACAUUCCCAAAUUAUCGCUCACUUGCCUUCAUGCAAGCAAAUUAUAAUUCGUAGUACUAUUUCUUUGCUGGCAGCGCUAGCUGCUAGUGGGAAAAUAGUUAAAUAAACCUCAGUGUUAUAAGAGUUAAUUAUGUCCUGAAGAAAGGGGUUAGAUUGAUACAGCGCUGGCUCCAGAGAGCAAAAAACACUGAAACCUGGAUACCCUAAUAAUCCAAGGGAGUGAAAUGAAAAAAGGAGAGAACACUGGUUGCGUAAAAUAAAAAUACAAUAAUGUUAAUACUUAGUACCUAAGUUACAACAGAUCAAAGACAGACUGACCACAUGGGCACAUCGGUCAUGGACCAAGGGCCUGUGGCAGUCAGGGGCCCGAAGCUGCUGAGGCUGGGCUAGGGAGAUCAGAAGAUCUCCCCAACCAGCCCAGGGUAAAGUUAUGCAGCAAUGUGUGAGAUAGGCACAAAGCUCUUCUUGCCUGGUAUCCUAUUCAAUGCCCCAGUGGGAGAGCUCUAUGUUAGAUGAGAAGAGAGGAAAUUCCCUCCCCUCUGUGGGGUUAAAGUAAAUCCCCUAUGGGCCCCUGUCAGCUUCAUCCUAGAGCAGAACAAGCUACAGGGGCCAGCAGCUUCCAAGCUCUGCCCCCAGCGUCAGCCAGCCGACCAUACUGAAAGGAACAGCCCGAGUUCCAGUUCUCCAUGCAGUGGUUGAGUGACAGUGUGAUCUUGUACUAGAGACCUUCUGUGUGUGUCAGUUAGCUUGUGUGUGUGUGAGUGAGCUUGUGUGUGUGUGUGUCAGUGAGUGUGUGUGUGUGUGUGUGUGUGUGUGUGCAGUUUGCUUGUGUUUAGUGAGCUUGUGUAUGUGUGUCAGUGAGCUUGUGUGUAUUUAGUGAGCAUGUGUGUAUGUCAUUGAGCUUGUGUGUGUGUGUAAUGAGCUUGUGUGUGUGUCAGUGAGCUUGUGUAUGUGUAGUGUGCUUGUGUUUAGUGAAGUUGUGUGUGUCAGUGAGCUUGUGUUUGUGUGUCAUUGAGCUUCUGUGUGUCUCAGUGAGCUUGUGUGUGUAUGUUUAGUGAGCUUGUGUGUGUGUAAAUGAGCUUGUGUGUGUGUGUGUGUGUGUCAGUUAGCAUGUGUGUGUAGUAAACUUGUGUGUGUUUAGUGAGCUUGUGUGUAUGUCAGUGAGCUUGUGUGUGUGUGUGUGUGUGUGUGUGCGUGUGUGUAAGUGAGCAUGUGUGUAUGUCAUUGAGCUUGUGUGUGGGUGUCAGUGAGAUUUCUGUAGCAAGCUGUGUGUAGUGAACUUGUGUGUGUGUGUGUGUGUGUGUGUGUGUGUCAGUGAGCUGUUUAUAGUGAGCUGUGUGAGUUUAUGGGUUGUUAGAAGUUUGUAGUGAGAUUGUAUAUGUCAAGUAGUGAUUUUUCCAUAGUGUGCUUGAAUGUCCACAGGUGAGUUUGUGUGUAGUGAGCUUUCCUUAAUAAGCUGUGUGUAGUGAUUUUUCAGUAGUGAACUUUUGUGUCUGUGAGUGAGCUUGUGAAUGUGUCAGUGAACUGUCUGUGGUGAGCUGUGAUCCUGUUUGUAUCAGUGUGCUUGUGUGUAGUGAGCUUGUUCUGUAUGUUAGUGUGAGAUUUCUGUAGUGAGAUGUGUGUAGUGAGCUUGUCUUUGUGCAUGUAGGUGCAAGAACCAACAUUUUGAAUUAAAAAAAAUAAAAAUAAUAAUAAUUAAUAAAAUGUGGGUAAAAGGGGCCCUAGAGGUCAUUUUACCCAGGGGCCCAUGAGGUUGUCAGUCCACCACUGCAACAGAUGGUGGUAAACUGAACUACAGAGUCCCAAAAGAUAGUUUUUAAUUGACAACAAAAAAUCUUGAUAAGGAAGGCAAACAAGUUCUGUUAUAUGAAAUGACAGUAAACAAAAAAACAACAACAGAAUAGUAUGAUAUCGAAUGUAACAGAGAAAAAACAAUGAGUUAUCUAUUAACUCUCAUGCAUCAGUGUCUGACAAUACAAUCCUUGUUAAAGGAUAUGUGGGGGAUAAUCAGUCAGGAUUUUUACAGGAACAUGGGUACGUCCUAUGACACUAUCAGAACAUGCGCCUCAUACAUGAAAUAUAAAAGUGGAGAGGAAUCCAAUAGUGCAAUACAGUAAAAAUAACCAAAGGAUAUUUAUUAAAAAAGGGUUAAAUACACUCACUGUUACAAAAUGAUUUUUGUAACUGUCUCUUUAAGUUACAAAUUGCCCUACUUCCCUGUAUUAUGGAGAAGACUUAUCGCCAGCCUCCUUCCUCAUGACUAUGGCCCUGAUGUGUAUGGAAUAUUGGGGCUUAUGGACUUUCAUUUUCAUUAAGCACAUUUUUGGGACAUGGGGAAAAUUGGGACAAUGCCCCUUUAAGACUUUGUCCCCAGUGUCCCCUGACUUGGUUAAAGUUCUUUAUUCAUGGCUUCUUUACACUUGGUUCACUAAAUGGGGCUUACUGAACCAAGUACCACACAGGCGGGCCACCCAGAAGUGGAAGUGUGCAGGCAAUUUACCUUCCAGGCUGGGAGUCUGCUGUAGGUAAAUUGCCGACUGCUGGGGGGCUGUCGUUCGUGCAAUCGAACAUGUGGCGGUGGCCAUCUUUGUUCAUUCGAACGCAGUCAGCGGUGUGUGUAGCCAAAUUCAUGGAACUUAAAUCGGCUACACAUUUUGACAAACACCGGUGACCCCUAUCUUCUCCUGCACUUUGACACUGCGGCUGGAGACUAAGUCCCAUUCGAAGAUUCAAACACUCGUUCGAAUGGGACUUGGUAAUUUUUUCAGUGUAAAAUAGACCGACUGCACAGCCCAAAUCCAUGGAACUGUUUUGGGCAUGAAAAUGUGCUUGCGGUCGGUCAUAAAGGACUUCCAGCUAACCUUUUAUGUACUGUAGGGAUUUUUAUGAUUUUUGAGUAUGUUUAUGUUUAACCCCUCAAGGACCAAACUUCUGGAAUAAAAGGGAAUCAUGACAUGUCACACAUGUCAUGUGUCCUUAAGGGGUUAAAGUGUGCUGAGUUUGAAUAUGUAAUUUUUAUACAUUUGUAAUUGAAUGUAUAUUUUUAAAGUUACAGUACAUGUGUAAAAACUGUAUUUUUCCUGCCUGAUAGUUAUGUUAGUGAUAGGUAUGUUAACCCAUUGUGUACCAUAAUUAUAUCACAGGCAGAGGGGAGGAUUUUGUGUGUAAUUGCUGGGAGUGUUUUACUGUAAUGUACGUGUGUUAUUGGUUUGUUCUGUAAAACCCUGUGGGCAGUCCUGUAUGUGUAAGACCUCCAUAAAAGAAAGCCCUUUGGUGCCAAUUAAAGAGAACUACUUGACCCUCUAACUUGCAGCCCCGACUCAUGUUUGUAGGUGACAGCUAUAAUCACUACAGGGAUUGCUAUGCUCUUCAUACUCCCUACUAAGCUCUUGUAAGAGCUCUUGUUCCUGAUCCUGCUUUGCUCUACAGAAGGAAGAGGUUCACCUACUGGAACCUGGAGCCUGGUCAUAGGUCCAGGAUGGAUAGCAGAUGGCGAGAUCCCAGCACAACAGCGGCGGUUCGUGGAGUCUGCAGUGCUUAUAGUGUCUACGGUGCUGAUGGUCCUUUGGUGAGCGCUAGGAGCAUCCUUUCUACGGUCCAACUUCCAGCCAGCCUGGAGGCAACCGUUACACUCACAAACAAAGAGCUUCCAAUUUAGCUCUUAGUGAAAGCAUGAAGCAAUAUAAUCCCCUGUAAAGGACAUUGCUUGGAAUGAAUUUCCCAGUAAAUAUGUAAUAUAAAACAGAAAUAAAAAAAUAUUGCUCUCUGUUUGUAAUAAAUAAUAUGAUUUACUAAUUAGGUAAAAUAUACUCACAUUUAAAGGGGCAUGCACACAUGCUUGAUGGAAACAGCUUGGGUGGUGCACUCCCCAUCUGUAAGGACAAGUAGGUAAGGUGCAGUAGUGCCAGCUGUUGUUUUCAAGGUAAAUAAGGUAUUCAAAAUAAAAGCAGAACCACAGAAAAUAAAUUGAAUGGUAAAUCAAAUUUUCAUUCAAAAUUACCACACCAAUAGUAAAAAAAUAAAUAAUAAAACACUUGAAAAUUUCAAAUGGCAACGCGUUUCACCUUAUAGGCUUUCUCAAGUGGAGGAAGAAAAAUAGGAAGCUCAGUUUUAGAGAGAGGGUAGAUAUCAGGGGAAGAUAAAUCUAUGGGCUGAACAGGGGGGACCGUGCUGAUCCAAACGACACCAAACUUGGAACCGUCCGAGUCCGGAUCAUCAGCCUUUACCUUACUGUGGCCUAUAAGCUUAUCAGGCGCCGGAGAGACGGCCGCUCUCCAGUGCCGACUUCCGAUACUCACAGCGGACACCUGCUUCCCCCCCUUUGGACCGGGCGGGGUAUCCCGGUCCCGGGAGGCCCUCCAUGAGUACAAUCACUGCCUCUUGAGUAUCACAGCAGAGCAGCAUCCAAGAUGGCAGAGCGCAAAAGCAACCUCACUACUGAGGCCUACCUAGCAGCCUGUCAAGCAUGGCUGAGUCUAAUCUUUGAAAGGUUUUGGGCGCAAUUGGAGGCAUGGCAGGAGGUCACACCAAAAUGCUACCAACACACAGCUGAGCCUGCGAUAUCGCAGACCUACCUGAACAAUCCUGACAAGCACCCAAAGCCACCAAGCACACAGACGAACCUGCGGUGCCCUUGCAAGACGAAGCCGCGAUCGUUGAGGAAACGUUCGCCUGUCACCCCACAGAGGAUUGCAAAACCAAGUGGGAAGAGCGUGGGGACAGGUGGCAAAGACAGAAGCCAAGCCAACAGGACCCUGACAUACACAGCUCACAAGAUGGCGGACCUGAGUGCAGGAUCACCACGAGGCACCCAGGCACAGCACAGCCUUACGUCCUUGCGAAAGGUACACACCUGCAUGACACAUACCCACUGCAGAGCGACCAACGACCUCCCCACAGACUGGGCAUUGGAUGAAUGAGCAAGAAGCCCCGGACUGUCUUUCGGCGUUGCAGACUGGUGGACUCCCGACAUGAAUAUGCUUGCUUAUAUGCCCCUUGCAUGCCUCCACUUUAACUCAGCCUCUGGGACUGAUGCCUGGACACGUUCCCUGCCUAACACCCAGAGCAGCAAACCAUUGAGUUUUACAUGCUAGAUAUCAGGCCUUGAGUAACAUGCUUUUGCUACACAUUACCUUCUUCGCUGCAAACUCUCCAUGCUUUACACAACAUCAUAGCAGUACCUGUACAUCUUCCUCAGUGACACUGCAUCUAGAGGCGCACUAACAGCGCUCUUCACAGCUUGUUUACCUAAAGUAACGUAUGCUAUAUUGACAUAUUGUCAGGAUUACUGUUUGAUCCAGCACGUAGAACUGUAUAGCACGGAUGACAAAUAAGUAACGUAUUACCGGUCCUUAGAAUGGCCGGAUUUAACGUACAAAGAAUAGUCAAAAAUACUAGCCGAGGUCAGGGAACAUAGAAAGGGACACAGCGAUGAGGAAAGCCAGGAGUCAGGAUACCAGAAUAUAGAGAAGUCAAUAAACAAAGCCAAAGUCAAAAACCAGGUAGAAAACUAAUAACAGGAACGCGCUCUCGGACAACCACAAGGGAAACCACGACAGGGCACUGAGCAGGCUGAGAACUGGGCCUAAAUACCCCUCUUUAAGUUCUGAUAGGCUGUAACCGGCCUUUGACCCCAAAGUCAGUUACCAGGUUUCAUUUGCAUAAUUGCUGCUCAGCAUUAACCCUUCUUUGGAUUAGGUUGCUGCUCGGCACAACUUUUCCUGUGUGGACAGUAAAUGUCAUUAAUCACAUUUCUAUAAGCGGAUAAAUACGUGACACAUAUAAACCUACACGCACGGAUUUAGCUUGUUUGUAUUGUAUCGUAAAGAGCACAAAUCCUGAUUUGUUGCUCUAUAAAAAUUGGGCUGUUUUCUCUCUCUUCUUAUUUAUCUAUUUAUUUAUUUUUCUCUCUUUUUCACAUGCAGACCAACUGUUAACAUAUGCCUUGUUAUAAUCUAUUCAAUGCUAUAGAGGCAGGUCAAGCUCACUUGAUAUAUUCUGCACAUCUUGGUUUGUCCCAUCAGACAAACUUACUAUGCAUAGAUUAUUUAAGAUAGGAACACUUACUCUGCAAAAUCUUGCUCUUUAAUAAUUGUGUGUUUUCUUCACAUGCUAACCAACUGUUAACUAAUGUUUUGCCAUAAACUUGUCACUACUGUUGGGGCAUGACGAGAUAACUUGUUAUAUUUCCAUGCACUCCAAAAAUAAAGAAUUUCAAGAUUAUAAAGGUGAUAGUGGAAUGAAAAAAAAUUAAUUAGCUGUCAGGAGAGGGAAUAUAAAGAGAAAACAAACGGGACCCAGAACAGAGCCUUGAAUGACUCAAACUGAGACAGGAUGAGGAUAGGAGUUGCUAUUAGAAAAUGAGACACUGAAUGAACGGUUAGCAAUGCUAACACUGUUCUAAUGCUGAUACUGUACCAAUACUUAACAAAAAUCCUUUUUUUUCUAGAGCAGAGUAGUCACCAUCAGGUAGCUGCUUAUCAUCUUCUGAGAUCAACCUGACAUAGAGAAGCACUAAGGAUCUAUUGGGCAUGUGUGCCUUUCCACCAACAUCCCUACAUUUAGAAAUAGUAGUUUUGGUUCAUAGAGUUUACCUUUAAUGACACACAUGUUAUUACCAUUACUCUGUAAAAAGGGGUCAGACAAACAUGACAGAUCUUUCCAAGGCUGACCCAUUAUCUUUAUUGUCAAGUUCGUAAUCGUAAAGUAUCAAACUGAAGAUCAUGUGCUUUACAUUGACCGAAGUUACCGGCAAGAAAAGGUUGUGACAUUUAUGGGGUUGUAAUUGUAGUGAAAACACUCACACAAUACUAUCAAAUGUGAGGAAACAUUAUUGAUCAGAUAUCACUGCUGGAUUGUAAUUUACUUUUGUAAUUUACCUUAUACAGGUUUCACUCCUUUGGACAUCUUUCGGCUAUAGAACAUAUACUGAAUGUUGAGUUUAUUUUUCUCUCUAGUUUUUGAAGAGGUUUCUGCUCUUCUCCUUUCCUCCUACCUUACCACGUGUUCCCCUGAUCCCAUUCCCUUACACCUUACACAGUCUCUCUUAUCUGACAUUGUUCAUCUUUGACUAAAAUAUUUAAUCUCCCUUUUUCCUCUAUAAUUUUUCCCUUAUUCUCCAAAUAUGUGCUAAUCAUGCCCAUUCCAAAAUAUCCUUCUCUUAACCUGGGUGCUUUGCCUAGCUAUUGCCCCAUCUCUCUUCAUCCCUUUGCCACCAAGCUCCUCAAAAAAACUUGCUUUAUACUUGACUUAUGGACUUUCUGAACUUUAACUCCUUACUUGACCUGCUUCAGUCUGGAUUCCGCUCCCAACAUUCCACAGAGCCUGCCCUGAUCAAAGUGACCAAUAACUUAGUGACUGCAAAAUCCAAAGGCCACUAUUCACUAUUUAUUCUGCUUGCUCUUUCUGCAGCUUUUGACACUUUUAACCACCCACAUCUCCUCCUAACCCUUGGCAGCCUUGGCCUUGUUUACACCGCUUGUUCCUGCUUCUCAUCCUACCUCUCUAAUUGCUCCUUCAGUGUCCCCUUCUUUGGUUCCUCUUCCCUUUCAGUACUUCUCCCAGUGAAAGUUCCUCAAGACUCUUUACUGGGACCUGUCCUUUUCUCAAUUUUUACUGCCUUUCUUUGUGAGCUAAUAUCAUCCUAUGGCUUCAAUAUCACCUUUAAUCUGAUGAUACCUGGAUCCAGGGGUCAAGUCCUGGGGAAAAAAGUGUGGGAACUCUCCCCAAAAAACCCCAAAACACUUGUAUGUAUAUCUAUGUAUGUAUGUAUAUCUAUGUAUGUAUAUAUAUAUAUAUAUAUAUAUAUAUAUAUAUAUAUACACACACACAUACACACGCGUGCACACACACAUACACUCACACAGUGGUGUAUUUUAAUUUUAUGCUGCCCUAGACAUGACUAUAGAGCACCCCCCUAAUCUAAAUUUACCACUCCUUCAUGUCAAGGGCGCACCGCUUCUUGAUUAAGAACCCACCCCUUCCUCUUUAGACUCCACCUUUUCCUGCUCCUUUUAAAGAAAUACUAUAGUGCCAGGAAAACAAAGUUGUUUUCCUGGCACUAUAAUUCCGUAUAGUGCCCCCGUCCUCUCAUGUCCUCCCCUCCCCCACUCGACACUGAAGGGGUUAACAUCCUAUGGGUAUUUAGCAGAUGCUGGAUGUCCUCAUGCACAGGGUGAGGACGUCCAGCAUCAGUUAGGUGACUUUUGGUCACCUAACCACCCGAAAGUCCCUCUAGUGGCUGUCUGAUAGACAGCCACUAGACUUGGAGUUACCCCUCAGGUAAUUAUUGCAGUUUCUGAGAAGGUUUAAGGGGACUGGGACACUGCACCCAGACCACUUCAAGGAGCUGAAGUAGUCUGGGUGCCCAUAGUGUCCCUUUAAGCACACUCUCUGACAGACACCCACACUGGCAGAUACACACUGACAGUAACACACACAUUCAAUGACAAACACACAGACGUCACUGAUUUGACACACACAUUCACUGACACACACUCAUUCAUUGACAGAGAGACACACACUAAUAGUCACACACACACUAAAUGACACUCUCACUUAUUUGACAGAAACUUACAAUAACGUAUGCACAUACAUGCAAUUGCAAACAUACACAUGCAUACACUAACAGAAGCACAUACACUCACAUACACACGUACAAACGCUAACAGACAUAAAUACACUCCUACACACACUGAGACAAACAGACAUCCACAGACAGACAUCCACAGACAGACAUCCACAGACAGACAUCCACACAUCCAGACGUCCACAAACAGACAUCCACACAUCCACAGACAUCCACAUCCACACAUCCACAAACAGACAUCCACAAACAGACAUCCACACAUCCACAGACAUCCACACAUCCACAAAUAGACAUCCACAAACAGACAUCCACAAAUAGACAUCCACAAACAGACAUCCACAAACAGACAUCCACACAUCCACAAACAGACAUCCACAUCCACACAUCCACAAACAGACAUCCACAUCCACACAUCCACAAACAGACAUCCACACAUCCACAAACCCACAAACAGACAUCCACACAUCCACAAACAGACAUCCACAAACCCACAAACAGACAUCCACACAUCCACAGACAUCCACAAACAGACAUCCACACAUCCACAUACAUCCACAAACACACAUCCACAAACACACAUCCACAGACAUCCACACAUCCACAAACAGACAUCCACACAUACACAAACAGACAUCCACAAACAGACAUCCACACAUACACAAACAGACAUCCACAAACAGACAUCCACAAACAGACAUCCACAAACAGACAUACACACAUACACAAACAGACAUCCACACAUACACAGACAUCCACAAACAGACAUCCACAAACAGACAUCCACACAUCCACAAACAGACAUCCACACAUCCACAAACAGACAUCCACAUAUCCACAAACAGACAUCCACACAUACACAGACAUCCACACAUCCACAAAUAGACAUCCACACAUCCACAAACAGACAUCCACACAUCCACAGACAUCCACAAAUCCACAAACAGACAUCCACAUCCAGACAUCCACAAACAGACAUCCAGACAUCCACAAACAGACAUCCACACAUCCACAAACAGACAUCCACAAACAGACAUCCACAAACAGACAUCCACACAUCCACAAACAGACAUCCACAAACAGACAUCCGCACAUCCACAAACAGACAUCCACAAACAGACAUCCACACAUCCACAAACAGACAUCCACUAACAGACAUCCACAAACAGACAUCCACACAUCCACAAACAGACAUCCACAUAUCCACAAACAGACAUCCACACAUCCACAAACAGACAUCCACACAUCCACAAACAGACAUCCACACAUCCACAAACAGACAUCCACACAUCCACAAACAGACAUCCACACAUACACAGACAUCCACACAUCCACAAACAGACAUCCACACAUACACAGACAUCCACACAUCCACAAACAGACAUCCACACAUACACAGACAUCCACACAUCCACAGACAUCCACACAUCCACAAAUAGACAUCCACAAACAGACAUCCACACAUACACAGACAUCCACACAUCCACAAAUAGACAUCCACACAUCCACAAACAGACAUCCACAAACAGACAUCCACACAUCCACACACAGACAUACAGACAUCCACACAUCCACAAACAGACAUCCACACAUCCACACACAGACAUACAUAUAUACAACUUAAUAAUAUUAUAAAAAAAAUUAACAUAUCCCACCCACCCAGCAUCCCUACCUUUCCCUGGGGUCCAGUGGGGCUGCAGUGAGGACGGCUCUCUCCCUGUCACACGCGGAGAGGGAGCUGUGUGCUCUCUGCUCCCUCUCGCCGCGCGGGAUGUCUGCUGAUGCUGGGAGCCGGAAUAUGACGUCAUCAACCCUGCUCCCAGCAUCAGCCGACAUCCCGCGCGGCGAGAGGGAGCAGAGAGCACACAGCUCCCUCUCCGCGUGUGACAGGGAGAGAGCCGUGCGCCGGGGGGCAAUCCAUCAGGUUGCCCCCCAUGACAGGGGAAACAAGGGGGGGCAUUUGGGGGCGGCAUUUUUUUCCGCCCCCUGAGUGCCUGCAGGGGGAACGGCGUUCCUGCUGUGAAAAAAGUGCAGGAACGCCGUUCCCACGCGUUCCUGCAGGACUCGAGCCCUGUAAAAGACCAUCCUUUAUACAAACAAUUGAAACCAAUUAGGCUAAUAAAUAUAAUUAUGCAUAUUUAGUAGGUAUAUUAGUCCUUGGACAAUGCUCAGCGCUCACUCUUUUACACAGAUUCUUGGUUUUACUUUGGAUGAGUCAUAUUGCAAUAUUAAUAAUCAGAUCAGCCCUUAAAGGAUUAACCAUUGUUUGCAAUAUUUGGUCUGGGCUCAUUUUAUUCUCCAACAGGAACAAGGCAUGAUUGGAUUCCCAUCACACCUUUAAUCUUUUAUUUUCAACAUAAUUAAAAAGAAGUGUUCAUUCUUGGGAAAGAAAGGUUUGUUACAAAAAAAAAAAAAAAACACACCAAAAAAUGAAAGGAAGUGUUAACAGUAGAGAAGUUAGAAAAUAAUCUCUUCAUUGUCUACACAAAAGCUAUCUGACUUGUUUCACUUGCUCCUUAGUUUUUCUUAUUGUAUUGUACACAUUUGUGAAACAAGUCAAACAAGAUACAACAUUUUACACGAGUUGAUUUUGUGGAUUAUGCAAUUUUCAGUUCAUUUUCUGACUUGAAAGGGACAUUCAAUAGUAGGGUUCAUCUAUGUUUUAAAUGGUUGUAGAUAAUUAUACUGAUAACGUAAUAAAAUGUGCAGACUGGGGGAUCAUUAUAUGUGCAACCCUUGCUUUAUGCUUGAAGGAAAUCCAUUUGUCUGAAAACUUGCAUAUAUAUUAAUUUGUUUUUGCAUAAGCCCACCUUCUUAGCCACUCCCAUCAUGCAAGAAAAAUAUUUCUUUAGCAAAUGUAUGUUCACAUCUCAGCCACUGAGAACACUGAGUGAUCUGAAUUACAAGGCAACCUCCAUUAUAGAGGACACCCAUCCUCGGAGACGUAAAGUAGGCACAUCGCUACUUGUUUAUCUGUAGUUUCUCUUACUGACUGCAGCCAGGUUGUGAAUUAGCAGAAGCUCACUCAGUGCUCUGAGGAGCUCAGCUGUGUGCAUACACUGAUUAUUAUUAUUAUUACUAUUGCAUUUAUAUAGCGCCAACAUAUUCCGUAGCGAUUUAUGAUAUUAUAAGAGGGGGAGAUUUAACAAUAAAUGAAACAAUUACAGAAACUUACAAGAACAGUAGGUCGAAGAGGACCCUGCUCAAACAAGCUUACAGUCUAGAGCAGUGAUGGCGAACAUUUUUGAGCCUGAGUGCCCAAAACGCAAUACAAAACAACUUUUUUUUUCUCAAAGUGCCAACACAGCAAUUAAACACAGCAAUUAUGCACACUGAAACUCACGGAUACACAGACACUCACAGAUACACACACACUGACACACACAUACUCACAGAUACACAGACACUCACAGAUACACAGACACCCUUAGUGCUCUCCCUACCCCUCCUGUCCUUAGUGCUCUCCCAUCCCCUCCUGUCACUUAGUUCUCUCCUCUGUCACCCUGUGAUCUCCCCUGCCCCACUGUCCCUUAGUGUUCUCCCUUACCCCUUUGUCCCUUAGUGUUUUCUCUCCUCCCCUCCCUUAGAGCUGUCACCUCUGUCCUUAGAGCUCUCCCCUGCCCCCUGUCCCUUAGUGGUCUCUCCUUCCCCCCCCUUUAGUGGUCACUCCACUCCCCCACCUCCUUAGUGGCCUCUUAUCCCCCCCCCUCUAGUGGUCACUCCUCUUCCCCCUACCCCUUAGUGAUCUCUCAUCUCCCCCCCUUUAGUGGUCACUUCUCUCCACCCACACCCUAGUGGUCUCUCCUCUCCCCCCUUUAGUGGUCCUCCUCUCCCCCACCCCCUUGGUGGUCUUGCUCUCCCCCUUUGGUGGUUCACUAUUCUCCCCCACCCUCAGUGGUCUCUUCCCACCAUCUAGUGGUCCUCCUCUUCCCACCCCUUAAUGGUCUCUUCUCUCCUCUCCUUUCCAGUGGUCCUCCUCUCCCCCGCCCUGAUGGUCUCUCCUCUCCCCCUUUGAGUGAGGUCACUAUUCUCCCCCCCCCCCCUUAGUGGUCUCGCUCUCCCCCCCUUUAGUGGUCACUAUUCUCCCCCCACCCCUUAGUGGUCUCUUCUCCCCCUCCUCUAGUGGUCACUCCUCUCCCCUUACCCCCUUAGUGGUCUCUACUCUCCUUUAGUGGUCACUCCUCUCUACCCACCCCUAGUGGUCUCUCCUCCCCUCCUUUAGUGGUCACUCCUCCCCUCCCACCCACUUAUUGGUCUUUCCUCUCCCCCCCCUUUUGUGGUCACUAUUCUCCCACCAUCCCUUAGUGGUCUCUCCCUAUCUUUUAGUGUUCCUCUCUCCCCCUCCCCUUGGUACCUCCUACCUCACUGUUUAGCGUGGCUGGGCGGCAUAUUCCGCGGUACAGGAGCUUCUGUUUCCUGUAAACAGCCGGACUGAAAGGAAGUGCUGUCUCAGUGAGCACUUCCUUUCAGUCUGGCCAGGUACAGGAAACUAAAGUUCCUGUACCGUGGUCCUCACCGCCCAGCCACAUAGUGACUGGCAGGAGGGAGCGCUGUUCGCUUCCCUCCUACCGGGUCACUAAAGUCUGGCACUCCCUCUCCCCUCCCCCCCCGACAGAGAGAGCUCGGUGCCAUAGGUUUGCCAUUGCUGGUCUAGAGGAGGUGGGGUAUAAAAAACAAUAGGAGUAAAGUGCUGCCCUUUAGGAGAGAGCAAGGGAUAGGUAUGUGAGGUAGAGGCUGCAAGCUUUCCUGAAAAGAUGGGUUUUAAGACACUUCUUAAAAGUUUGAAAACCAGGGGAUAGUCUGAUGGUGGUAGGCAGGCUAUUCCAAAGGAAAGGAGGUGCCCACAAGAAGUCCUGCAGAUGAGAGUUGGCCAUACAGGUGCGAGCAGCGGACAGGAGAAGGUCAUGGGCAGGGCAAAGAGACCAAGAAGGUGCAUCAAUAAAACAGAAAAAAAUACAAUUUAUGGCGCUAAAAUGAAUAGCAGCUAGUACACACUAGUGGGUACAAUCACAAUAAUCCCACAAAAACAACAGUAUACAAAAACAGAAAAAGUGUGCAGCGCAUGGACCAAACCCACAAAUCUUAUAGGAGUAUAAACACAAUCAGUGAAUAAAAAUACAAAAAGAGAUAAAUACCCCAGUAUUUUAAGAUCUUUGAGGGUCAUAAGUUUUUGUCAGAUCCCAUAUAAAAACUGGUUCAAGUUGUAUCACUUUAAGGUGUCUCAGAUCAAAUCUUGAAGUUACUCUCAGAGAUGUAGCUUGAUCCUCAGAAUAUGUAAAUUGUUGGACAAGCAAACAUCAAAUUAGAAGAGUAUAAAAAGCACAUUUAUUAUAAGUAAAUAAAAACCUUACAUUGAGGUCUUGUAAAAUCAGCAAAAAAUAAAAGCAUAAAUAGCAGCACAACGCGUUUCAACGAUCAAUCUCGUCUUCCUCAGGUGCAGUUCACAAUAUUACAUAAAAUCCAUACAUCUAAAAGCCUUUUGGCGCGGAAAAUCGGGUAUUUAGGACCCGCCCCCUUUGCCAUCGGACCAAUCAGCGAAGACUAGAUGAUUUCUUCUUCACCGUCUGUGAUUUCCGGAUUCAUGCGUCCCAUUCCUUUUACUUCCGGUAUCGCAUGCGUUCCGAUAUGCGUCUCACAGGGGGCACUUCCGGUUUCGCUUGCGGUCCGAUUUUCCCAGCGAAAAAGUCCCUUGCCGAGUUCAUAUUGCUGCAAAUCCUUAAGCUCACAUAAAUAUAAUGACAUAAUGUGCACAUGUAUAUUAUGUCAUUAUAUUUAUGUGAGCUUAAGGAUUAGCAGCAAUAUGAACUCGGCAAGGGACUUUUUCGCUGGGAAAAUCGGACCGCAAGCGAAACCGGAAGUGCCCCCUGUGAGACGCAUAUCGGAACGCAUGCGAUACCGGAAGUAAAAGGAAUGGGACGCAUGAAUCCGGAAAUCACAGACGGUGAAGAAGAAAUCAUCUAGUCUUCGCUGAUUGGUCCGAUGGCAAAGGGGGUGGGUCCUAAAUACCCGAUUUUCCGCGCCAAAAGGCUUUUAAAUGUAUGGAUUGUAUGUAAUAUUGUGAACUGCACCUGAGGAAGACGAGAUUGAUCGUUGAAACGCGUUGUGCUGCUAUUUAUGCUGUUAUUUUUUGCUGAUUUUACAAGACCUCAAUGUAAGGUUUUUAUUUACUUAUAAUAAAUGUGCUUUUUAUACUCUUCUAAUUUGAUGUUUGCUUGUCCAACAAUUUACAUAUUCUGAGGAUCAAGCUACAUCUCUGAGAGUAACUUCAAGAUUUGAUCUGAGACACCUUAAAGUGAUACAACUUGAACCAGUUUUUAUAUGGGAUCUGACAAAAACUUAUGACCCUCAAAGAUCUUAAAAUACUGGGGUAUUUAUCUCUUUUUGUAUUUUUAUUCACUGAUUGUGUUUAUACUCCUAUAAGAUUUGUGGGUUUGGUCCAUACGCUGCACACUUUUUCUGUUUUUGUAUACCAAGAAGGUGCAUACCUACAGAUGAGUGAAGAGAUGUUAGAGGGGCCAGAAUUGUUUAGAGCUUUAUAGGUAUGGAUUAGUACUUUGACUUUUAUAGGAUACAGGAAGCCAAUGUAAGGACUGAAAGAGGGUUGAGGUGUGAAAGGAGCAACUAUAGAGGAAAAUCAGUCUGGCGGCAGAAUUCAUUACAGCUUCUGGGAAAACCAAUUAGGAGACAGUUACAAUAAUCAAUGUGAGAGAUUACUAGGGCAUGGACAAGCUCCUUAGUAGCGUCUUGCUUAAGAAAGGGGCGGACGUGGGAAAUGUGUUUAACGUGGAUAAGGCUUUCUGGUAAAAGGGGGUGUAGCUAAGGAGAAAGGAUCAUGUUACAGCACUCUGCAAAAACUAUAAAGAUUUGAGCAUGCAAAAAAAAAUAAAGAAAAUUAAUAAUGCAAAAACAAUCAAAAGCACUAAAGUUGCAUUGGUGCCCAUAGUGUCCAAUUAAACAUUCUUUUAGGACUUGACUAAUUAAUUAACACGCUGCUAGGAAAUUACAUGUGCUGUUUAGAGACCCCUUGUUUACUUAGAUAUAUAAACCAUUAUAUAGAAACUAGUAAAUUUAAUUUUUAAGGUUAUUUACUAAAGUGAGAAUUCAAAGUGAUGGAGUAGCCAAACUUGAAGCAUAGCUGACUUUAGCAUUUUCCUAGUUCAACUAUUUAUUUUUUCAAUUUGAAUGCUUUAUUUCAUUUUUUUAUUUCAAUAGAAAAGUGCAAUAAGUACAAAUUGUAAGAUAAAUGCAUGGACAAAAAAGGUUAAAAUGUACAUCAGUGUAAUACAUGUACACGCAUUAAUAGUAUAUCCAAAAUAACAACCGAGAUAAAAAUAUAAAAAGAAGAUAACAUAUAAUAUGGGUAACAAACAAAGAUAGGAGAAUAGAGGGGGGACAUAGGUGGUCAUAGUUACCAUGCCAUAGCACAUAAAAGUCUCCAACCCUUUCUGUGCAUUAAUAGUACCUCACGUAGCUUGACACAUUAUCCAAAACAAACUGUAUGAUUUAAAGAAUAUGUCUCACAGGCCUGUCAAGUAGCUUGUCAAGAAGUAAACAGCAUGGAACAUGCAUUCAUAUGUACAAGUUUGGGAAAUCUGUCUGAUGAAGUCUUGAUCUUGCGGGUUGUGAAUGAAAAUCCUGUUGUGGGCUGUGCACUAAGACUGGCCUUUGAAUUCCUGUAGAAGUGAAUAUUAAUUCAGCCACAUUCAACUAAAAAGACUGCACAAGAGGGCAAGUCCACACACAUGAACCAUGGCGCCUUACCCAACUUGGCACCUCCAACAGCCUGAUUGAGAUUUAGCUUGAGCUUUAGUUAUGUGGGAGAAUCUAGCUAGGACUAUAUACCAUCUGUACAUUAUUUUUUUUUAAGGUUAGGGGUAGGGUUAGGGAAUUGCCAAAGUCCCGAAUUUCAGAAGUGCCAAACCAAAUUUUUUGCCCAUGCACAUCCCUAAUCAGAACUUUAGUUUGGGAUACAGUAAUAUGUAGUAUAUCUAAACUAAUAUAAACUAAUAACUCCACUUACAUAGUUACAUCUUUAAAUUGUUAAUAUACUAAUAUAAAAUAAUAAAGCCACUGGGAUGCAUAGUAAUUUAGGUUGAGAAAAAGACUAAAGUCCAUCAAGUUUAAAAGAAGGCAAAAAAACAAGUAUACCCAUUUCCAAUAUUUGCCACACAAAAGGAAAAACAUCAUUGUUGACCCCACAAUGGCAAACAGAUUUCUCCUUUGAGAAACAAACCUGUUCACAUACAUAUCAAUUUGUUUUAUGUUUCCAAAAAAAAUAGUUCAGGCAUUUUUAAUAAUAUCUACAGAAUCCAAUAAGACAGCCUCUCUAGGCAUGGAUUUCUACAUCUUUGUUGUUUUUAGAACCCUUCCCUUUGCAGUAAGCAAAAGCAUCUUCCUUCCAGUCUCAACGGGUGACCUCUUGUCUGUUGUAGAUUCCUACAAAUGACCAGGUUAAUCAUGAAUGUAAUUCCCUCAUUCCCAAAUUGGAGAAAGGGUUUAAAUUGGUGAAAUGUAAUAGAAAUAAAAAAAAAGAAAAUAAACUAUGUACAGAAAAACUUAUUCAGAUGAUGAUAAACAUUUUCAAGUGUUUUGUGCAAUUUACAAACUUCAGACUGCAUAUUAACAAUCCUAACAAUCACAGUACAACAUUCUAUUGCCACCUCUUAAGGCAGCAACAAAUGAAAGGUCUAUAUCAGAACAAGUUCACAUAAUUGUUGUGGCAGGGUCAGAGAGGCUUUUUAUGUUAGUAAUAGAGUGGAGCGCUCUCUAUUCCCAGCAUGAUGGGGUUAAUUGGUGGGAGUCACCCCUUGAAUGUUAUCAACCAGGUGAAUGUAAUUAACCAGCACUAGGGUUUUAAAAGGUUGGCCUCUGAAGACGUGGGAAUCUAACAGCUGGGAGAGAGGAUGCAGCUAAGCCUGAGAUUCUGAGACUCUGAGAAAAAAGGUACUGUAUAAAAUCUGCUUAAAGUGCUGUAUUUCAUUUUGUUUAAAACUGGGAACCAGAUUAGCUGGCCAGUUGAAUAGUUAGUAAUACUGUUGUUUAGUACGUCUCCAAGUUGGAGUAGGAUUUAUUUUCUUUUUGUUUUAUAUUUGUGGGAGAGCACAACCUUGUAUAUAUUGUGGAAAGUGACAAUAAACUGCAGUACUAUUUUAUCCUGACUGUUGCAUUUGAAGUUUAUUGUGAAGAGCCUGGCCAUCCUGCCACAAGUGGUGUAUGAAGUGGGAUUAGCUGUUUGAACCCUGUAUUAACAUGGAGGAUGUGUUAAAGGCCUUGCUGCAUGCUACCACAGUGCAACAGGAAACUAACUGGCGUUUAACUGCUCAAAUGGGGGCUGUGUUGCAGGCACAGCAAGAGCACAGGACUGUUCUGAAGGAGAUUGUGCAGCAACUCUCAAAAACUACCAGAGAGGAGCAAAGCAGCGGUUCAAAGCCAAUACGUGCAAAUCAGUAUCUGCAAAAGAUGAUGCCGCAAGAUGAUGUGGAAACAUAUCUCAUCGCUUUUGAGUGAACUGCUAUCAGAGAACAAUGGCCUCAUGCUCAAUGGGAUGGCAUAGUUGCACCUUUUCUGCUUGGUGAUGCUCAAAAAGCUUACUUAAAGCAGAGAUUCUUGCAAGGACUGGCGUGACUCCAGUGAUCCGGGCCCAAAGAUUCUACAAUUGGAAAUUUCAUGAAUAGAGGGCACCCAGGUCACAAAUGUUUGAUUUGAUUCAUCUGACAAGGAGAUGGUGGUUAAAACCAGAGUUUUCAACACUUGCACAAAUAAUUGAGACAUUAGUUUUGGAUCGGUUCUUGCGAGGAUUACCCCAAGGUCUGCAACAGUGGGCAGGGCAGGAUAGCCCUACCACUUAUGAUUCAAUGGUGGCGCUGGUUGAAAGAUAAACAGCAGUGAGAGAGUUAAAAUCUACAGCACCACAUACAGUACAACAGAACCAAGGACUGAUUCCAGGCUCAAAGACCUUGAACUAUGGCACAAUUCAAAAGCCUUUGAUACAGACCAGGAGAACCCCAGUUACCUGCUUUGAGUGUGGGGAGCUAGCACACAUAAAGGCUGUGUGUCCACAUUUGCAAGAACCUAUUGAAUGUGGGUAUAAUUCUGUAAAUGAGGACUUUUGUGGACUGACCUGUUUGGUGGGGAAACAUACUGAAAUGUAUAUAUGAUAAAACUGUUUUGUUAAAUGGGAAGGCAACCAUGGCUCUUGUGGAUUCAGGUAGUGACAUUUCCCUAGUGACAAGCAGUUUGAUUCAGCCUUCUCAAUUGAUCCCAGAAAAGAAGGUUAAGGUACUUUGUGUGCAUGGCUGUACUGUAUCAUAUCGUACUACCUCUAUAAAAGUAGGCUAUCUUGGCCAAACAUACUCAGUAUUGGCAGCAGUUGUGCCUAAAUUGCCACAUGCUCUUAUUCUCGGGCGCAAUUUCCCAGACUUUGAAAGCCUUACUCAGACCCAGUGUGAAUCCAUAAGUGAGAGCCCUUUAUGUAUUUUUCCAUUUGCACACCCUGACUUGUUUUAUGAUCAAUGUAAAAGGCGCAAGUCAAGGCGUGAACGAAGGGAAGAUAAACAUAGGGGAACCAUGAAUUUACAAAUGGCUUUGAUUAAUGAAGCUGAGAGUAAUGAAGGUGUGGUCUUAUCUAGCCCAAGUACUAAUUCCACACCUUCAACUGAAAUAUUGAUUGAACCCCAUGUCCAAACCCUACAACAGGUUAAUAUUGAGGACUUGGGCAUUGGUUCAAUUCAAUUUGGAAGGGAACAAGUUAAUGACUUAACAUUGCAAAAUGCCCGUAACCAAAUUAUAGAAAUUAAUGGUACUAUGGUUGAUGGGAAAUCCAGAGAGAUGUAUCCCCGUUUCAUUCUUAGAAAUGACUUGCUUUAUAGAGUGAUCAAAGAUGAGGGGCUUGAGAUUGAACAGCUCUUGGUACCCAGAUCUUUCAGAAGGAAGGUGUUAGAUCUGGCUCAUUCUCACUUAUUUGGGGGGCACCUGGGGGUUGAAAAAACUCAGGAAAGUAUUCUAAGGAGAUUUUUCUGGCCUGGGGUUUAUGAAGAGGUCAAGAGGUACUGUGCCUCAUGCCCAGACUGCCAACUGGCAGCCCCAAAAUCUCACUUAAGAGCACCUCUAAUCCCAUUGCCUAUAACUGAAACCCCUUUUGAGCUUAUUGCUAAGGAUUUGGUGGGUCCAUUGUAAAAGUCAGCUAAGGGUAAUCAGUACAUUCUGGUUGUAUUGGAUUAUGCCACGCGCUAUCCAGAAGCUAUUCCGCUUCGCAAUGCUGCUUCCAAAACCAUAGCAAAGGAAUUGCUCCAAGUAUUUUCUCGGGUAGGGUUACCAAGAGAUUUUAACUGACCAAGGUACCCCUUUUAUGUCCCGACUAAUGAAAGAGCUAUGCCAAUUAUUGCAAAUAAAAGCCUUGAGGAAAUCUGUGUACCAUCCUCAAACCGAUGGCUAAGUAGAAAGAUUCAAUAGAACCCUAAAACACAUGUUGCGCAAGGUUGUAGGUCGAGAUGGGAAAAAUUGGGACACUCUCUCACCAUACUUGCUUGUUUGCUAUUCGGGAGGUUCCCCAAUCUUCUGUAGGGUUUUCCCCUUUUGAGCUCCUUUAUGGUAGACACCCAAGGGGUCUAUUAGAUAUAGCAGAGGAAGACUGUUGCAUUUGAAGUUUAUUGUGAAGAGCCUGGCCAUCCUGCCACAGUGUAUAUAGUUGUGCCUGCCUGGAUAGAUACAAUUAGCAACAUACACUGAAAAUAGAACUUAAUUUAGAUGUUUUAAUGCAUUAGUGACAUCUAAUAGUCAGCCCUGCUUUCAAUUGUAGACUCCAGUUGGAUAAUAUGUAACACUAGUAAAAUCCUGAAAUGUACCCAUUAAGUAUCUUGUUUAAGUAAUAUAACAGGGACAAAAGACCACCUGGCUCUCUUAUUAUCGCUUACAUAUUCUUUGAUAGAAGAGGACUUAGUUUCAGGAGGCUAAAGUAGACAAUACAAUAGACAAGGACAGAGAUUGAUUUGCCAGUAACCAAUUAAAAAUUCCCCACAUACCCAUUUCUUCCUAGCAACAAAACAUACAGGGUGCUAAAAGCUCACCAUUGUGAGAGAGAAUAUAGUUAAACAAUAUGGGGCCAAUGACAAUUGUCAUUUCAAAACUUGCCUCACCAAAGAGUAAUCUGUAAGUCAAAAACAUUAGGUAUACAAUAGAGAAAUAGUAAAGAAAAACUCUGAAGUAAUAAGCUGUUGUUUUUUUAAUUUGAUAUUUUUAUGGGUUUUCAAUAAACGUGCACAUGGUACUAAUUGCAGUAUUACAUAAUUAAUGUGAAUGUUAAGAAGAGGGAGAAAGAAAAGUAAAAAGGGAUAAAUAAAUAAAAAACAUGUUGACGAGAAUACGACAAAUCUGUUAAAAAAAAAAAAACCAUUGUUCGCUUGGUUCCUCAACUCCGUCUUAAAUCCUCAUGCAGUAGUCGUUGUAUUUAUGUAGUAGAACAUAACAUUACGUUGAAUCACCAUAUUGCAGUAUUAGAAUUAUGGUACCAAUGAUCCAGCUGCAUUUACUGAAUCAGUGCCUUUAACUACCUGACAAGCAUCAUAGUUUUGUACAUCAUUGGUUUUUAGGAAUGCUUCCCACCUUUCCGUAGCCUUUAAAGUUGUUUGAUUUGGAGACAUUUGAUAUUGUGCCAUGUUUUUAUAAGACCGAUUGUGGCCUCCAAUCUUCUAUCCAGGACAUAGAAGUCCUCAAUCAACAUAUUCAAUAGAAAAUUUUGGUCUAUACAUGGUAUAGAUUCUGGCCAUUCAAAAAGACUGAAAAACUUACUGGUCCUUGUAGGCAUUUCCAGCACCUCUCUGUCAGGGUGCCUUCUGUGGUGACCAGGGAUGUCCCCCAUGGUACUCACCACUUACAGGAGGAGUAGGAUCCUCUCCAGCAUCUCUUAGUUUUCCAGUGGUUUUCACGCCGGCUGCAAUAGCCCCAUCCCCUUUUAUGACGCGGCGCAGAUGCAUCGACGUCAUGACGUUAAUGACGUCACGGCCCGCCGAAAUGUUUCAGACGUUUUGGGGGCGUGGUUACCAUCCUAACGUGUCACAGUAUAAAAAGGACUCAGAGGGCAAGGUUCAUUGCCCUGUUGUGGUUUAUUAUUGUUCCCAAAAGUGCUUUAUCUGUAUUCUGAUUUUUGACUUUGGCUCUGUUUGACUACUCUCCAUUCUAUACUCCUUUGACCCGGCUUUAGUAUUUUUGUUUACCCUGAUCUCUGCAUUACUUGACCUUGGCUUGACUCCAACUACUCUUUGUUCUUCUAACGUUAGUCCGGCCAUUCUAAGGUCCGGUAUACAUUACCUUUUGUCUACAUUCCACGUGUUGGAUCCCCUUCCAUUUCUGACAUUACAACUGGGUCUUGAUGGAUCCAGCAGGUGUAGGCUCUCAAGGGGGUCCAUAUGAUACCCGUUUUGAGGAAAUAGAUAAUCAUAUGGAUCAAAUAGCAUUAGCGCUACAGACCCUUAUGAAUAGGUCCAUCCCCAGACCUGAAGAAGGUUGUAACCCUUCUACGUCUCCUGUACCCAUGGGAUUAGAGGUUGCUACUGUUGGGGCUUCAUCGCAUAUUACAUCACCAUUGCGUUAUGGUGGAGUACCUGAUGCCUGUCUGGGUUUUUUGAAUCAGGUUAGCAUACACUUCAAGCUACAACCACAUUCUUAUCCUACAGAUAGAGCAAAGGUUGGUUUCAUUAUUACCCUGUUAGUCGAUAAAGCAUUAACCUGGGCUAAUCCUCCUUGGGAGAAUGAGAAUCCAUUGGUGUACAAUUAUGUUGCUUUCGUAGCUGCAUUUAGAUGCACUUUUUACCCCCCCGGUAGGAAAGCCAGUGCUGCCAGAACCUUACUUUGUCUCGCAAGGUACUAGAUCUUUGGUCGACAAUGCCAUGGAAUUCAGGCAUAUUUAGGAAUUCAGGCACAACCAAGCUUUUGUAGACGUGUUCCUUAAUGGUUUGUCUGAUGUGAUAUUGGGUGAGAUAGUUACCAGAAAACCUAGAGGAUUUGAUAUCCUUUAUAUCACUUAUAGAUGAACGCAUGCGAUUUAGACAAAACACCAGAGAGGGCCUCUGUCCAUUUAGCUCCUGCCUUUAACCCUCCUAAUUCAAUGGCAAUGGCAGUACCCAAACAAGUAUGCAAUUGGGGGGGUAACAAGGCUAACCAAAGCAGAGAAACAGUACAGAAGGAGGGAGGGCUUAUGUAUGUACUGCGGACAAAGAGGACUUCUCCGCCUGCGAUGCCCAAGCAGGACAGAAAACUCCUGCACCUAAGUUCCUUUGGAGGACAGGCUUUGGGUGUUUUCUCUUUGUCCUCCUUCAAAAAACACAAAGAUCACAGGCUUCUUAUCCCCAUCACCUAAUCUGGGAGAAAAGCAGGGUACAAACUAUGGCUUUGAUAGACUCAGGGGCAGCAGAAUGUCUUAUAGAUCAAAGUUUUGCCACCUCACAAUCGAUUCCUUCCCGGUUAAGGACAACACCCUUGGCCGUUGAGGCCAUAGAUGGUAGACCACUUUAAGUGCCUGUGAUUUCUCAUAAAUCCAUCCCCUCACACAUGAUAACCGGAGUUACACCAUGAAAUAGGUGUAUUUCAACAUAUCACCUUCCCGUCUUUUCUGGUAGUAUUGGGGUUCCCGUGGUUACAAAAACACAACUCCAUCAUAGACUGGGAAAAAGGUGAUAUUGUAUCCUGGAGUAAGAGUUGUCUUCAGAAUUGUGUUACGCAAGUACAAAAAACCCUUAACCUUAUCAACGUUCCUACUAUGUCUCCUUUAUCCACAGAAGUACCCAAACAAUAUCUUGGCUUAAGGGCAGUAUUCGAAAAGGGAAAAGCUGAGUUAUUACCUCUUCAUAGAUCCUACAACUGUGCCAUUAACCUUCUACCCGGUACUAUGCCACCUAAAGGUACUGUUUACCCCCUUUCUGCCAAGGAGAACUCAAUUUUUGAAGAAUACUUUACAGCGAAUAUGAGGAUAGGUUUUAUUAGAAGGUCUUCUUCUCCAGCAGAGGCUGGGUUUUUCUUUGUAUCCAAGAAAAAAGAUGAUCUUAGAGCCUGUAUAGAUUAUAGAGGAUUGAAUAAAAUUACUAUACAUAAUGCUUAUCCUAUACCUUUUAAUUAUGGGGUUGUUUGAUAGACUCAAAGAAGCCAAAAUAUUUACUAAGCUGGAUUCGUGUGGGGGAAGAGUGUAAGACAUCCUUUAACACUCUUUAUGGGCAUUAUGAAUACACUGUUAUGCCUUUUGGGCUAUGCAAUGCCCCGGCUGUCUUCCAAGACCUCAUCAAUGAAGUGUUAGGGAAUUCCAUCAAGAGUGUGUAAUAGUAUACCCAGAUGAUAUUCUGAUGUAUUCAAAAGAUAGGGAAACUCAUCACAGACAAGUUAAAAAAGUAUUGACUAAAUUGUUACAAAAUGGAUUGCACUGUAAACUUGAAAAAUGCCUUUUUGGCCAACACCAAAUCAGCUUUCUCGGGUAUGUGAUUUCAGGAAAAGGGUUUGCUAUUGAUCCUGAGAAAUUUGACUCCAUACUCCAAUGGCCACUACCUAAUGGGUUAAAGUCUAUUCAAAUUUAUAAUUUAUAGUAUUUUCAAACUAUUACAGAUGCUUCAUAAAGGGUUUUUCAUUUAUAGUUGCCCCAAUAACGAACAUGAGAAUAAAAAAGAGAUGGGAUUCCAAUGCAUUAAAGGCUUUUGAGACGCUUAAAACAUCUUUUGCAUCUGCCCCUGUUUUAGUGCAUCUUAAUCCUAGUCUACCUUUCUGUUAGCGGUAGAUGCUUCAGAGACUGGUGUAGGAGCUGUGUUGUCCUAACGAUAAAGUCCUGACCUACCACUACAUACUUGAGGGUUCUCUUCUAAAAAAUUAUCUGAAACAGAAAAACGUUACAACAUAGGAGACCGAGAACUCCUUGCUAUAAUCCUAGCCUUAAAAGAAUAGUGACACCUGUACAUUACUUCCAGUGACUAUCCUAACAAAUCAUAAAAACCUCUCCUAUAUUGGAGAGGCCAAACAUCUUUCUGCUAAGCAACACCGAUGAACCCUUUUUUUUAACAAGAUUUAACUUCAUGUUAAUGUAUAGACCUGGUUAGAAGAAUUCUAAAGCCGAUACAUUGUCCUGUCAAUAUGAACCUCUUGCUGAUUCUGCUUUUGAGGUAUCUUCUGUGGUACCCAAAAAAACACAUCAUAGUGAAUACUAGUAUCAAGAUUCAGUCUCCCCUGGUGACAGAAAUUGUUGCUAAACAGUCACAAGCACCUGGGGUUAUCCCAGAAGGAAGUCUAUAUGUUCCUCCUGAACACCAGAAUAAGAUACUCGUCCAUUUUUAUAACCGUAAGAUCGCAGGCCAUACAGGUAUUCGCAAGACAUAUUCCUUAAUUGCCAACGACUUCUGGUGGCCUUCAUUGCGAAAGGAUAAUAAGGAAUAUGUUAAGGCUUGUGUAACAGGGCACCUCCGUCAACGGGUGCUUCCUAGCAGGCUCCGAGGUCUAUAAGCACCGCACUGGACACCAUCAGUACCGCAGACUCUGCAACGUAGCUUAACUGGAAUCUCGCCAUUUUCCUCCCACCCUGAACCAACCGCUGACAUCCAGGACCGUGUGGGAAAGAUCUCUCCUCCAGGAGAGCAAAACAGUAACAGCUCUUACAAGAGCUAGUGAUUAUCCAAGGGAGUAAAACAAGUAUAGCAAUCCCUAGUAGUGAUAUCGCAGCUCCCUACAAUAAGAGACAGAACUCAGUAUUGAGGGUGAAGAGGUCUGAAGGUUUAAUGGUACAGGUUUGCUUUAUAUACAAUUCCUCAGGCCAGAGGCACAACCCCUACAAACUAUACAGACCAAUAAGAACAAUAUAACAAUGUCCGACACUCCCACGUACAGCACACAAUCCCUCCCCUCUGCCUGUGAUAUAAUUAAGGUACAUAAUGUACUAACUUAAUUAUCCCCAGGCAGAAAAAAACACAUUUUUACACAAACUAUAAAAGAAAACACCCCAAAACAUAACAUAUAUCCCCUGAUAGCCCUGAUCUGGGUGAACACUAUAUCCAGAAGUCACCCAGAUCAGAGCAGGGGUUCAGGAAGUUCAUGGAAGUCUCUUUUGACCGACCCCACGCAUGAUUUCAUGUCCAAAAUAGUUUCAGAGACUUAGGCUGUGCAGCCGGUCUACUUAAAACAGUCAGUGAAUGGCCAUAGUUAAAGUGUGUCUCUUGUUCGUGGGCUUCGAUUCACCGAACGCUGUUCGACUAUACGAAUGAAUAGUCAAAUUUGACUGGAAGGUAACUGUUCAAUGGUGUUCGUGCCGCUGUGUAUCCGAUUUGAGUUCCAUGAACUUGACGACAAAACACAGCUGAACAUGUUUGACUAAAUAAGAUGGCCGCCGCGACGUGUUCGACUAUUUCAACACUUCGACUGUAUCCGAAGUGCCAUUUUGCAGAAAGGGAAUGGAAGGGGUUUUAGGUAAAUAAAUAGACGAACCAGCAAGGGAAUGGAAUAGAUUUUAGGUGAACAAAUAGACGAACCAGCAAGGGAAUGGAAGAGUUUUUAGGUGAACAAAUAGACGAACCAGCAAGGGGAAUGGAAGGGGUUUUUAGGUGAACAAACAGACAAACCAGAGGAUAGAUUUAUAACCCCAAGACAGAGGAUCUGUCACAAUGCUCCCUUCUUGAAGAACACCCGGCAGACUUGGAUUAACCCUUUUCGGAUUAACUUGGGGAUGUCCGGACUCUGCUUUGGGGCGAUACUGGAUUGUAAAAUUGUAAGGCUGCAGGGCCAUAAUCACAAGGUAAAAGGCUGGCAAGUAGUCCUCUCCAAAACCCAGUGGUGACGUGGCUUUCACCACAGCUUGUAAUGUUUGCGCGAGAACCAAACUGUCUCAUGCUUUCCCAUGUGGCCUGCUUCAACCCUUAGUUAUUCCUAACAAACCCUGGGUCAAUAUUGUCGACUUACCUGCUUCCAAAAAGCAAACCAUUGUUUUGACUGUCAUUGACAGGUUCAUCAAGAUGGUGCAUUUCAUACCUCUGGCGAAGAUAUCCACUUCACCUGAAGAUCUUUGCCAGGGAAAUAUUCUGGAUCCAUGAAAUACCUGGAGAAAUUAUAUCUGACAUGGGUUUCGAAGUUUUUCUCAAAAUUUUGGAGGGUUUUCUGUAAACAAUUGGGUAUAACUCUCAAUUCUUCUUCAGCUUAUCAUCCCCCAAUCUAACUGGGCAGCAGAACAUACUAAUCAGAAGAUCGAGCAAUACCUUUCAUGUUUUGUAACUGCUCAUCAGGAUGACUGGGUUGGCUUGCUUCCUUGGGCUGAGUUUGCACACAACAGCUUACUUUCCGAUGCUACUCAACUCAGCCCAUUCUUCUUAAAUUAUGGUUUUCAUCCAGUUGUUCUCCCAUCCGCGUUUUUAUCGCAGGGAAAGCCGAUGGUUGAUGUACACCUUGAUCCAAAUCCAACCUCGAUACAAAACAUGCUGAUAAGCGUAGACGUGCUGUACCUGUAUUUCAACCGGAUGAUAAGGUCUGGUUAAGCACGAAACAUCCACCUGUAGGUACCUUCUAUGAAACUGGCACCUAGGUUUAUUGGUCCUUAUAAGGUGGUAGCCCGUAUUAACCCUGUUGCUUAUCAUCUUGAUUUACCCCGACCUUGCGAAUUCCUAAGGUGUUUCAUGUCUCUUUAUUAAAGCCUUUGACCUGUAAUAGGUUUACCAUUCAUAUUGUUGUCCAUUCAUCAGUACAAGUGGAGGGUUGGGAGGAAUACGAGAUCCAAUAUCUUAUUGAUUCUUAUUUCACUCAUGGUAAAAUUGCAAUAUCUGGUAGAUUGGACAGGCUAUGGUCCUGAAGACAGGUCUUGGGUUGACUGUUCCGAUAGCCAUGCUCUUCCUUUUCUCCAUUCUUUCCAUUUCCGUUUUCCGUCUCAUCCAGGGCCCUUCCGCCGCCCAGUAGGCGGUUCUGGAAGGGUGGGUACUGUCAGGGUGCCUUCUGUGAUGACCAAGGAUGUCCCCCAUGGUACUCACCUGUUACAGGAGGAGAAGGAUCCUCUCCAGCAUCCCUCUUCAUUCUCCAGUGGUUUUCACGCCAGCCGCGAUAGCCCCCUUUUAUGAUGUGGCUUGGGUGCAUUGAUGCCAUGACGUUAAUGACAUCAUGGCCCACAAAUGUUCGGAUUCGGACAUUUUGGGGCAUGGCUACCAUCCUAACAAACCACAGUAUAAAAAGGACUCAGUGGGCAAGGUUCAUUGACCUGUUGUGGUUCAUUAUUGUUCCCAAUAGUGCUUUAUCUGUAUUCUGUAUUCUGGUUAAUGACUUCGGCUCUGUUUUGACCACUCUCCAUUCUAUACUCCUUUGGCCCAGCUUUAAUAUUCUCAUUUACCCUGAUCUCUGUACACCUUGACCUUGGCUUGACUCUGACUAGUCUUUGUUCUUCUAAGGUUUGUCUGACCAUUCUAAGGUCCGGUAUACGUUACCUUUUGUCUACAUUCUGCGUGUUGGAUCCCCUUCCAUUCCUGGCACAUUCUGAGCGAGAGGGAAAUAAAUGGGACAACCUUACCGAAACUAAAUACAACCUAUAGAGUAUCUUAAUCAUGAUUUCCAAGUGUGAGGCACAAGAGGCAAGGCUCGGAAAAUUUGUGACUUACUCUCCUGGGGUAUCUCCUUUUUAAGUCCGUUUGACAGGCUUUCAUAAAGAAUAGGUCUCAGGGAGAAGCAAUUGACUUUGGCUUCUUAAGUAUACACAUGUUCAUGCACAUUUUUUUCAAACAGUGUUAAAAGUCGAUACAGGGAGUUCUUCCCCAUGGAAAGGAUUGUUUUUUCAAGUAAGAUUUAAAUUGCAAGGAUGAGAAUACCAUGGUGGAGGGUAGAUGAAAGAGCAUUUCUAAUCUGGAAAAAGUUGGAGUUUACCCUUCUCACAUAGCUGGUUGCAGUGAUUAACCCCAUGUUAGAUGGUGGAUAAACUCAUGGCUAUAGAGCACAGAGGAGUUGCUGAAGAUAUAGGGGAUCUUUAGAUUAAAAAAAAAUUUGUGCUGAUCACACACAUUUAGAGAAAGCAGUGUAGCUGGGAGUGGCAUCAGCUUAUCUGAUCUCAUACAUGUAGGUACCCAUAAGGAAUAGUGGCAUUCUUGUGGGCUAGAUCAAUAAGAUUCUAUCUUUACCCAUUAGGGUUAAAAAUCAUGUGAGUGCAGUUGUAUCAUACUCUCCAGUAUGCUCCAUCACCAGUCUCUGCAGGAUUCUUGUUGUCACCUUUAUUUUUUUUAUUUUGCCAUCUAAAGUUAGUGACCAGUUUUUUAAUAUCUGCCAAAACUUUAUCUGGAGGGGUACUGUAAUGUUCAACAUAAAUAUUGCAAUUUGGGCAACACAGAAAUUUUCAUGGAACUUGAAUGGAUAAUCAUUUUCAAUCAGGGGUCUAUGUUUAGUGGGUCACUUGGAGGCAGACUAUAUUCCCUAGAAAGGGAAUGUCUUUUAAUUGUGGCAUUUAGACCUCAUAUUGCGAGAAUAGAUCUUCAUGUUGUGGUGCAAAAAGGACCAGUAUCAAACUGUGAAGGCAUCCAAAUGUAGCUUAUGUAUAUCCUUUAUCUCACUACACCCCAAGGGUGUAAACAAGGACACACUGAGCUUGGCCCUCAACCCUCCCUAUUUCCACUGAAACCUGAUUUGUGAAACUGCUUGUAUGAACAGAAAUCUGGACUGUAGGGCCACCAUGUAUAUGGGAACUAUCAAGGUGAUUUUAUUCAUUCUAUACAAGGUGAUAAAUGUUUUAGGACAAAGGAAGAAAGUUUGGGGUAAGAAGAGAUAGCAAGAGUGCCUACUCGACUCACUGCCCGAACUAUAACAAAAACAUUAACAGAAAAUACCAUAAUGGCAAUAUUUUGAGGCAUAGUCCCUGUCAAGGUACCUUGUGGGGGAGAUUGUGAUAUCUAGUAUGUAGCUUGCUGCCAACAGCCUGCUCCAGACAAAGCCAUUGAUCAGUAAAAAAAAUUACAUAUAAAGAAUGCAUUUGAAGACACAGAAAAAAUAUGCAUGUUUUACUAGCUAACUGAGAGAUAUGUAACUUAACCUCUUUUAGAAAUGUGUGCUCUGGAAUCUGCUUAUACUAGGUUGAGUACUAUACUCAUAAUCCUUUAUUGGGAUUCAGUUUCAUGGGUACAUAACCCUUACAAGGCAAAGUGAAGGCUUAAUAAACAGCCUAGUUUUAAAAAUUUGUGUAAUAUAAUAUUAGGAGCUAUCAGACGUAAUUGAGCCGCUCAGGUAGUCUGCCAUGUCUCUAAAACAAAACUGAAAUUCUAGAUGAUAGCUUGUGUUGUUGCCUCCACUCUGGAGAUAGUCUCGGUGUUUCCUGUAGAGGAUGACCUGAGCCCAUGCUCCAGGAAUUUAGGAUAUGGACACCUUCUUCCACCGAAGUUAUGUGAGUCUCCUUGCCAUCAUGGUGUAUAAACCACUUUCGGUAUCCCCACUUGUAUGGUGUAUUGUCUCUGAGCGUCUCUGUGAUAGCUCUGUAAGGUUUUUAUUCGACUUGAGAAAGCCACGAUAGUGCAAAAUGCGUUGUGGUUUUAUAUUACUCUGUUAAUAAAAGUAUUUUUUGACUACUUUACAAUAAGUGGCUAGUUUUUAACCUUUUAUUAUUUUUAUGUUUCACCUUAUACCUGCCAAAGUUUUUAUCAUCUAAAGCACCAGAAUUAUCAUCAAACGAAUGCAAGGUGGGGAUUGUUCCACCCACGCCUGGCACAUGGAGCGACUUGUCUGCUUUUUGUAUUGUAAGUAUAUUUCCUAUUACUAUUUAUACUUACCUGUAAAGAGAGCAUUAUUGGCUUAUUUUUCUUUUAUUGCAUAUGAUCUACACUGCAACAACCACCAGAGGGAUAUCCUGCAAGUGGGUAGUUUUAUACCACUAGACACUGUUUUACCUAGAGCUGGUCAUAGCUCUCUUAUAUGUGAGUUAGCAUUUCUAUACCUCAGUGUUGUUUGUAGCUCACUUGGCUUGCCAUAUUACACUAUUGGUUCCUUCUGUCUUUUGCUUUCUUUCAUAGACUGUUGUUGAAUUGAGCUGUAUCAAGAACUUCACAUGAACAUUUGAAGACCUUUUUUUUUUUUUUUACGACAACUUUUUCCUUUGGUAUUUUUAUUGGGUUUUUUCACUGUACCUUUUCAUUGUUCAGUUAGAUUUUUGUGGUCUAUUAUAUCUUUCUGAUGCACCUUGUAUUUUUUUUGUUCUGUUUCCUCAAUGAACAUACUGAGUCUGCACACAUGGUUGUGCAGACAACCUAUAUAUGCAGUGAAAUGAGAGCUGCAAUCUAGUGUCAUUGAUUAAGCCAGCACAGGCGAAAAGCAUUUGAGCAAAGGAUUUAACACUAUCCUUGCCAGAGUGAACCUCAAUGAUUUUUCACUACAAACAGUGUCAGAAGCUGUCCAGAAGCUAUUGAGGAGGCCUGAAUCCUGAUUAACUACUAUACAGGAGGCAGUGGGCACCUAAACAGGGAAGGUGAAACCAUUUUUUAUCUAUUUGGAUUAUUUUUACUUAUUUGGAUUAUUAAAAAUUUUGAAUCCUAAAAAUUUUUUUAUUUUUUUUUCCUGCAUAUGCACCUAUUUUUAAUAUCACUUCAAUGUUUUUUAAGAUGCAUUAUCAAUAAAUUGUUUAAUUAAUUUUAUAUGUUGUAUUGCAUAGUCACUUGUUAAUUAUGCCACAAAAAAGUCUAUAUUGCGGGGCAUGAGUUUGUGUUAAGAGCUAUUUCUGGAGGGGGGGCACAGUCUUUUCUUAUGUUUUAUAUUUUUCCCAUUGGAUGUGUGUAGGUUAGUGGUAUUUUAUUAUAUACUUGCAGCAUCCCCUUUCCUGUCUCCUCUUUUUUUUUUUGACAAGAGUUUUACCAGAAAAGUGCUCCUCUCAAGGAGUUUGAAUAGGUUGUGUUUUUAUCUUUAUCUUUAUUGCUCCAACACUUUACAUUUUUGAUAUACAUACAAUAUGUCUUAAUUCUGAUGUAUACAUCAAUAACGUGUCCAUCUGGCUUUCGUUGGUACUUAGCCAGUAUACCUCAAAAGAAACCAGAGAAAGUUCAAUAGACUUGCACUGUAAAUUUUAUUGAAAAAGCACACUAAAGCAGUAUAUUAUACAGACUCACAAAGUCACGAAAAUCACUCUAUUGCAUAAAUAGCAUAGGCAGAGUUACCAUCAGCGUUCAGUCAGUCUCAGCAAACCGGGAGACAAAACACUUCUUAUGGUGAAGCAUUGGUGCAUCCACUCGCCCGAUUGUCGUGCACCACUCAAAUCCAAACAACCUGUAUCUACACAUUUCACCCAGUAUAUGGGCUUUUUCUUAACCACGCAGGGGUGCCAAGACACUCCAGGCACCAUAUAGACUGCAGAGAGCUGUAAUGGUUUUGAUGAUUGGGGUGUUCCUUUAAGCACAAGUUACUAAAUAAAACUCACUAGGUGUGAUUUUGUAUUCUUCAUUAUUUUUUUUCUUGCUCUAUGCAGCUAUAAAAAAUAAUGAUUUAAUACCUACAUGUUUUAUACCGAUGGCUAAUGCCCCUUUUAUUUCAAGUUACGUGUGGCUCUGUGAAUCCGGCUAUUCAUUUAUAUAGAGUCGAUCAUGUCUGAGAUGUUUGUGAUGGUUUCAGAACGGUGGUACGUGCAAGUGGCUAGAGACCGGACAGUUCAUUGAUUUAUGAAUAUAAUUAAAGUGCACUGAUGUAUGUGAGCAGGGAGCAAACUUCAAGUAAAUCUGUCUUUUGCUGUCAGUAUCGAUUAAUGUUUUAUAUUUACUUAACGUGAACCUUGUCACCACACAUUUUGUCUCCUGCACAAUCAUUUAAAAGUCAGGACUGCCAUGAUAUCAAGGAAUUUUCCUACCUUAUAUACUUGAUAGUUAAGUAAUAAAUAAUAACCUGCACCAUGCAAUCAUCCAAAGUCUUGGUAUACUAUUCGAACAAAGCAGCCAAAACUAAAACUAUUUAAAACUUAAAAAUAUUAUUUUUACUUAAUACAACUUUUGAGACUGUAAAAUGCAAAAAUAUGCAGUGCAGUUAAUCAUUUUCUUCUAGUCGGUUUUCAAAAAUGAAAUAUUUCAUAAAAUUAUUAAUAAAGAAUAUUUAUUUAUUUGGUGUUACAUUAUAGACUGAAUAAGGUCUGAAUAAAGAACCUGUUAGUAACUGCUAAUGCACAAUGCCCUGAAAUUUAUAUACAUCCUGGAUUACAGUUGCCUUGUCUUUCCAAAUCAAAAUCCAGUAAAAAUGACUAAAUUCCAACUGAAAUGUCAAUUCUCAUAUUUACUAAAGUCAAUUCCAAUCGGAAUGAGGCCAGAAAAAAAGAGAUGGUUGGUGGGAAAAAUCAUGAAUAAUGGCUAGGGGAUAGUCACUAAAUGUUGAUUUUAUUCGUAGAACAAGUAAGAAGUGACCAAUAGAGGGGAAAAAAAUAAAUCUAUAUGUAUUUAUAAAUAAUUUUAUGACUAUAGAUUUAUUUAUUUUUUUACUGCUUCUCACGUUUUCUCUCUAAUGGUAACUUUUUUCUAACUUGGUGAACGAAAUAAAUUUUUGUCUCAGUUUUUCCAUUCAGAUUUAAAAUUAGCGGAAAUUUAGCAUUUAGUAAAUAACUCUGUCAAUGUCCAGAUUUCCAAGCAGUUGCCCCAAUCUGAAAUUAUGGUGGCUGAAAUUAUGGUGGCUAAAUAAAACAUCAGUUUUAAUGUUUGUGCAUACAGCACGUUUGGGUGUGUAUGUAGCGUGUGUAUAGUAAUGUAUAAGCAUGUAGCUGGGUGUGUGUUUAGUUAUGUAUAUUUGUAGUUCCAUGUGUUUAGUGUUUGUGUGUAGCAGAGGCUGUAGAGUGAGUAUGUUAGUGUGUGUAGCAAUGUAUGUGUAUGUUGCUUGUUGUGUAUGUGUAGUUGCAUGUGUUUAUCAAUGUGGCUUGGAGCCAGUUUCUAUUCUAAGAAUUAAGCUUGGCCACUGGUCUCAUUGUGGCUUUCCUACUUUGCUUUUGGUAGAGCCAGUUUCUAUUCUAAGAAUUAAGCCUGGCCACUGGUCCCAUUGUGGCUUUCCUACUUUGCCUUUGAUAGAGACAGUGUCUAUUCUAAGAAAAAAGCCUGACCACCGGUCCCAUUGUGGCUUUCCUACUUUGCCUUUGAUAGAGCCAGUUUCUAUUCUAAGAAAUAAGUUGGCCAUUGGUCCUAUUGUGGCUUUCCUACUUUGCUUUUGGUAGAGCCAGUUUCUAUUUAUUUAUUUAUUACUGGUAUUUAUAGAUUUACAGAUUCUGCAGUGCUGGUCCUAUUGUGGCUUUCCUACUUUGCCUUUGGUAGGUUGCAGACUUAUUUUAUUGCUGAGAAAGUAUUUUGUUAUAUCCUGACACUGGGGCACACCCAGUGGGUCUGUAUGGUUCCUAAUAAUUUUGAUGGUGGCCCUUGUGAUAAGGUUUAGGGGUGCUCAGCAGACUUCUGUAUUCACUUUAAAAAAAUUGCAGUUUGUUAGAAUUUUGUGAAAUCUGCGAGUUGUCUGAAUUUCGUUAUUCCAAAGCACCAUAUAGGCUUAUAACUAAACAAACAACAUAGACAAUGGAUGGACAGUUUUGUUUCAUUAAUUUAUGAUUCAGAAUUCUGUCCUUGGCACCCCCAAAAAAAGAGAUGAUUGAUGGGAACAAAGAUGACUGAUGCUUAGGGCGACAGCCACUAACUGUUAAUUUUAUUCACAGGUUAAGUGAGAAGUAGGCAUGUCCAUUUUGUUUUGUUCCGAAUGUGUAUUCAGACAAAUUUGGCAAUUUAGAAGCUUCAAAAUGUCCAAAUGUAUUACAAUCUGAAAUGAACCAAAAUGAAUGAACUUGGAAUUAAUUGAAACAAAUUAUUUCAGAUCCAUUCAUUUUCAUAAGGAUAGCAAAUUAGGAACUUCUAUAUUAAGAAACUGAAACAGCAAAAUUAUGAAAAGGGACCUUUUUAAAAUGUUGUUCUUUCAGCUGUUUAAUAGAUAGCUCCCUAACUUGCUACCUUAUUUUUCACACAAAGAUAACAAAUUAUAGAGUUAUCUACUAAACAGUUGAAAGAACAAACAGAAGAAAAGCUCUGGCAAUCCGCAUAAGGAUACCAAAUUAAGAAGUUAUCUACUAAACAACUGCAUUCAAACUGGAUAUCAAAAUAAGGAAAAAACAUUUUUUAUUAAUUCUGAUUUGUUUUCAGCUGUAUGUAGUAGACAGCUCCCUAAUUUUGUACCCUUAUCUGGGAUUAGCAUAUUUAAGCUAUUUGCUAAACAGCGCUCUAAUUUGCUGUGUCAGAUUUUUCAAUACCGAAAUUUUAAAAAUAAUGAAUUGUAGCGAAAUUAAAUGAUCCAAUUAUUUUGGAUGUUUACAUCUAUAGUGAGAAGAAACCAUAAAAAAAAAGUAACCAUAAAAAUAUAAUAGAUAAAUAGACUAGUUUUACUGCUCCUCAUUUGAGCUUCAUCAUAAACAUUUUAGGAAAAUAUAUAUAGAAAACAUAAUACAAAAAUUAUAUAUAAUAACAAUAGAAAAAUAAAAAAAUCCAAAAACUUUCAUAACAAAGUUUUUGGAUUUUUUUAUUUUUCUAUUGUUAUUAUAUAUAAUUUUUAUAUUAUGUUUUCUAUAUAUAUUUUCCUAAAACGUUUAUGAUGAAGCCACCAUCAUUUUAAAAGUAAUUGGUUGGCAGCAUGAUAAUUAUGUGUGUAUAUACACUACAUGGAGUAGUGAGUAGAGUUUGAAGAUGUAAAUUGUCGACCUGUAUGAGUUUAUACCUACAUAAUUGAUUUUGUUUUUAAUACAUUGUUUCUCUGUCACUGUUUCACUUUAGGACAGCACUGUAAAACUUUAUUCACAAAGAUUACAUAUAGGUAAUACUUCUUUGAAUUCAACACUUAUGUUGCAACACAGCAUUUUAUACAUAAGUACACGUCAUUUACAUUUAUUCAUAACACUAUAGUUUUUCAGCGAUCCUGCUGUACCAGCAGUUUCCGCAUAAUUAUCUUAAAAGGGUGGAUUUAUUACUGUGCCUGCAAUAGGCCUUAUAUAUGCAUAAUAUAUUUGCAUUAUAUAUUGUAUAACUUUGAUUCUUUUGAGCACUUGGUGUUUCAAUCUAUUCCGUACACUUUGUCUUUGUUUCUAUAUUAUCACGGCAGUUUCUGGCGUCAGUACAUUACUAUAGUAACCGAGUCACGUACGCUUUUACUAUUUCCGGUUUUGGUAUGCGCGCACAUGCGCACAAGGUCUGGGGAGACGCCGAUACACAGAACACAUUCACCUGUGGUGAGUUAAUUUUUUUUUAAUGGGUAUAUAAUAUGGUACUGUUAUUUAGUCUUGUAUUGUCAGUUCAUCCUGAGGAAAGCCCCGGACGAGGGCUGAAACGUUGGUGUGAUGAUUUUAUGGAUACGUUUUGAAUAAAGAUUAGAGGCAGUGCUUUACAACUGGGAUCUCAUCACCUAGAGGGAAAAAACAGGCAGGCAAUCUCCCAAACUUUUCAAGAACCUCACCCAAUUAACCUUUGGCCUUAUAAAUUGCUUCCUACCCAAGACAUCCCAGUUCUUUGCCUGCCUCCAGCAGAGGAGGGUGUCAGGUUCAGGUUUUCUCCCUAGAAGUAUGGUGAGAGGGUUGAGGCUCUGGAGGGUCUACUUCUUUUAAAUAAAGUUUUCAGAGAUCAGCCAGGGAUAACACACCAGGCGGCUGUAUCUCCCCGGGUUGUAUUACUUCUGACUAUACCGAGCCAGGUGCCGGGCAGACAAUGGUGCGCAUUUGGGCACUAGCUGGGAAGUCCUGGCGGUGGAACAGAAAUACAGGUUACGUUUAUUUCCACCUUGGAAUCGCGAAAUGCAGGACAUGCGUAAUGCGAUUUAAAAUUCAGGCGCCAAUAUCUUUAUUAUUUUUUCUCUCCGGGGUCAAGAUAUUGGUUUCCAGGACUUAGAGAGGCUGUUUACCCAGCAGCAACUAACUGUUGCCAGGUGCACUCAGAAUCUGUUGCAAGUGUGUUCUCACCAACCUCCUACACACUCUGAGGACAUUUAAGGUAAGCCUUUUUGCUUUUAUCUUAAAUUACUCUAGCCUGAAUAAGUUAAUUAUCUGUGCUGCAAGAUGGAUAAGCUAAAAAAGCACAAAUGUUUCUAAGUUGGAGUGUUUUUAGCUUCUCAUCACUUAAAGAUUAUUCCUAAAAUCUUAAAACAAAUAGUGCUUUAAAAGUGUAAGCACUUAAUAGAUCGGACCCAUAAUAGAUUCUUGGUUUUCUUCUUCUAAAAAAUAGAUUAUUCUUUGAGUAAAGCCUAUAAAGGGUAUUAGAUAAGAAUAUACUUUUACAUAAUUCUAUUUGGUAAAUUUAAGUUUCCUUUCUGGCUUAAAAUAGCUGCCACAUAGUGAUUAGUUAAUAUGGUUUUCAAUAAUCACUAAUUGCUGCAACAGGGUCAGCAAUUAAAGUGAAGUGUUCCGGUGGAAUAUAUUCACAGGAGCAAGACCCGUAUGACUAUUGGAGGAUUAUCCUCUGUAUGUUAUCCUUAGGAGGCUGAUAUUUAAAAGAUGGUUUUGGUUAAGUUAAUAUACUGUUGUAGCAGAUAGUUUCUUUAAAUGCCAGGAUCCUAGGUUUCCAGGACUUAUUUUCUUUAAACAUGCAGUAGGCUUUUAGCAAUUGCUGUAGAGAAAGCUCUGUUGCAAUUAGCACUCACCACCUCAACUAGUUUCACCUGAUAUCAGUUUCUAAAAAGGCAGUCUGUUUUUCAGCUGGGGCAGAACUUUACCCUGUGCUUCACUCCAUGGUUGCACAUUUUAUGUUUUGUCUUAAAUUCCAAGUCCUAUGUUGUCAGUUACAAAGACAGGUUUGAGCUAACUGACUGUUGGAAUGGCAAUUUUAAAGAAAAUGCUUCCUAAUAUUGGUUCCUGCUGAGUUUGCAUCAAACGGGUUUUUAAAUGCAGUUGCAUCUAUUCUGACUGCUCUAGCCUCUGAUUCCCAAAUACGGCUAAGGAAAGCCUCUGUCUGGUAAGGCUGAUGGUUGGAAUUGAAAAUUUAUAAGAUUGCUUACUAAUAUUGGUUCCUGCAGAGUCUGCAUCAAACAGGUUUUUAAAGGCAGUUUGCAGAUAGUCUUUCUGCUCUAGCCUCUGCUUCCCAAUUAUGGCUAAGGAAGGCCUGGAUAAUGGGUAUUGUCUUAUGCAGACGGUGUAUCUAUGUAAUCAGUCUCGCUACAGCCAAUAAAGUUGGUAACCUGUAUAAACUAGUCUCCAUGGAAAAUUAUUUCUUCCUCAUGUUACUGGGCUUGAAGCAAGUUCUAGUACAGCUGCAGGCCUAUUAAUCAAGGUGUAGUUCCACCAGGUUCAAUUUGUACCAUGCACUGCCAUAGAUAUGGUAUGACAGGGAUGGUUUACUACCUAGGCUUGUUUGCUGUUUUCUUUUAAGAAAGAGCUUAUGGCAAUUGCCACUUGAGAUUCUCACUAUGCAAAAUGUUGCCAUCCAUAAAUUUGUUGAAUCUCUACAAUACUGCGUCAUCAGGGGCACCUAAUUAAUUUUUGUACACCAGCCCCUAAAGGUUAGGGUGUUUUUCUUCUAUAGCAUACAGGUGGAUGCUAAUCAAUCUUCUGAUAAAGAAUUCCCUUUACAAGAAGUGUGCAGUUCUGGUGUUUGUCAAGGAACAGUUCAGGUGUAAAAAUUUUGACAAGGGUUUUUGACUCUCAGAGAAUGGUAAUUCCCUGAAGAAAAAAAAUUGCAGUUCUCUCUGUCUUUAUCACCUGAAAUAUCUCUUCUACUUCAGUAGACAAGAUACUAGGGAAAUAAUAUUGGUUCCCGUCUUGUAAGAACCUGCUUGGUCUCUUCAGCUUCUUUAGGCAUAGCACUGUUUACAGGUCCUUUAGAGGCCAGAUACAGUUGCUGAUAAGAAUUUGCCGUAAAAUCCAAUACUUCGGUCAUUCUUUUCUGAACCAGGCAGAAAUGAAGGAUGCCAGACGGUUCUUACUUUUUGUUCUAGUUCUCAAAUCGAUCCUUCAGAAUUUUACGACUGAUGCUUCAAGUCUCAGCUGCGUUCUCAUAGGGUUGAAGGGAAAUUAGAGAUAUUUUGAAAAAACUUAUCCAACUACAUAGGACCGAAGGCUAUCUGGCUAGCUCUCUUUGCCUAUCAGAUAAAGACCAGGUAUUAUCUUGUCCAGAUCUGGUCGGAUAGUUAUACAUCGGUAGCAAUUAUGUACAAACAAGGUCAUCUUGUUUGAAAAAUCUUGUUCCAGGAUAUGCUUGGGUUAGUUUUUCUUAGGUCUAUUCACUUAUGAAAAGAACUUAAUAUUUCUCUGUUUAGCUGUAGCAUUGAGUAGUCAACAUUUAAUACAAAGCAAAUUGGUUCGUACUCCCUGAUCUUCACCCAAACGAUAGGAAGAAUUUGAUUAUCCAGUUAUGGAACUGGGACUUCUAGAUCAAACAGCAUGAAGUGUUUCAUUGGACAAGCUUGGACAGACCAGUAAUCUUUGUUUUCCUUUGCUUUCUUGGGAAUUCCAGUCUUACUUGUAGUUUCCUCCUGGUUACCUAUUCCCCAAGAUCCUAUAGGAUGGAAAAGGUGAGAAUGAUAGUCUUCCUCCCUUGGUGGCAAGUAGCUGUUUCACCGUUCAUCUAAAAUUAUCCGGAGGAAUCUUUGGGGACCUUACCUGUAAAUAGGCAUCCUGGAAUUCUCAAGGGUACCUCUUCUCAACUUUGUAGUAAUUCAAGCUGAUGACCUGGUUUAUUUAUCCCAGAUACUGAAGGAUAAUGUUUUGUCUCAGGAAACUAUUGACAAUUUUACCUUAAAUGGAUCUUGUUUUUUCCAAGUAUGGAAGGUGUUGUUUUUUAAGAUAUUGGUCCAAAGAAAAGCAGGCAUCUGCUUUCAAGUUUUUAACCUAUUUAUUUAUUUAUUUCGGAUGGGCUUUGUGGAUGAUUUAAAGCCAGAGAUCCUCAAGAUCAAAUUUCGGUUAUCAGUUUAUUUUUUUUUUUUUAGAGGUUUGUCUCGAAAUCACCAGUAUCUGCUAGGCUCUUUCGUGGUUAGUUCCUAUCUUCAGGGAAUAUUUUCCGCAUGGGAUCUUCUUUUGGGGUUUUUAAAUCUGCUGAUUUGAGUCUUCUCUCUAGGUCUUUGGGGGUAGUCGCCCAAAAUAUUUUUGGAAAUAACUUCAAGUUCUUCAAGUUUCCAUUUUCAGCAGGAGAAAGUGGAGUUAAGUUGGAUUCUUUAAUUCUUCCCAAUCUUCCAUCUAUCAUUAAUUUUCUAACUUUUCCCAACAGCGUGCUAGGGACUUGAAAUUCUAAUUCCACUGUAUGGGCGUUUAGUUCUCAUCUACGGUACCUUUAAUUUAUUUUUUUUAAAGGUCUGCAUUUGUUUGGUUUUUUUCUUAUCUAACACCUAUCUCCAUUGAAGCUCCUUCGAUCAGUUAUGUUCAGAUCGGGUGCCUGAGGGCUUCUGCUAUACAUUCUCUCGAAUUCCUAAAAGCCAUGAGGUGGUCUCUUCACUCAAUUUGGUCUGAUGACCUUGGAAGAUACAACUUUGGUCGCAGGUUUUUUGGUAUAUCCCAGUUGUAAAGCACUGCCUCUAAUCUGAAGGGAAAACCACAAAUUACUUACUGUAAAUUUCUUUUUCCAGAAGACUAGAGGCAGUGCUCACUGGCCAAAAUUAGCGUUCAAUUUAGUUUUUUGCAUUUUCCACAAACAACAAAUACUGAAUGCUAACUUUGGCCAAUGUUUGUGACUAAGUGGCUACUAAAAAGACUGGACAUACCCUAUUUGUAAUACCUUGGGUUGUAUACGUUUGCAAAUGGUAUGCUAUCAUGGAGGGAAAUUUUCAUUCCUGGACUACCAUUUGGUCUCAUAGGCAACAUAACCAGUCUGGCAAAUUUCAAUGUGUAUUAACUGAAAAAAGUAAUGUGCUAUAUCUGACCCUGUAACUUUCCAAAACACCAUAAAACCUGUACAUUAUGGAUACUGUUUUACUUGUGAGACAUUGCUGAAUACAAAUAUGUGUACUUUAUUGCAGUAGCAGCUAACAGUAUUGUGACAUUCAAAAUGCCAUGCAAAACUAAAAAAUAAACAAAAUAUAUAAUUUUAAAAAUAUAUUUUAUUCAUAAUAAAUUAUGUUUAAUAUACAAAUAUAUUUGUGACAUGAAAUCCUGGUUUCUCCUGAACAAAACGAUAUAUAAGUGUGGGUGCCCAUAAUAUAAAAGAGGUGAAUUACACCUGAACAGACAUAUCGCACAAAUUCAAGGUUUUGUUUACAUUUAGUUUUUGAUCACAACUUGUACAACUGGCUCAGUGCUUAAGGGAUUAAAGGGGGACCUAAUAGCAUUGCCCAAUAUGGCAUUCUAGAUUAAACAAAUACAUACACAUUAUAUAAGAAGUUCUAGAUUAACCAUUUAAGCUUUCAAAAAUGUGCUUCAAAUUCCAAACACAAAUUCUCCAUUAUGUUGCCUUUAAGAGCAUAUUUUGUAUUUCCUACAUUAAUAUUGUACUGCACCUUGUAUUUACAUUUAUGUACAGUCAACAAAUAGUUUCAAACACAUUUUGAUAUGUAUUUGAAAUGUAUCCGCUGGAACCCAGUGACUAACCAAAUGUAAAAUCCUAUCAUUGCCAAAAAGGUAACCAUAAGGUACAUGAAACAAGAAUGUUGUCACAUAUACAGAUAUAAUAUAUAAUAGAACAUUAAAACAUUCAUUAGAACUUCAUUAAUGUUUAGUUUUAGUUAAUUUUUAUUGGGUAACUUGCUUUUUACAUUAUUGUUGUUAUUUUAACAUCAUAUAUACACUAUAUGGGGGGGGGGGGAAGCAACAAAACUUGUUUGUGUGGUCUGUUCAGUGACCAUUUUACAAUCAAAAAAGGGAUGUUUCUGAUGGUCCAGCAGUUAGGUCAUCAAGCCUGAAUAAGGAUCCAGAAUGUUGCAAAAUAUACAUGGCAAAUAACUUGUUUUUUGUAAAACAUUUUUUUUUACUGCUAAUAAAUGCUCAUCCUAUAUGUUUAGAAAUGGUGUAAUUCUAUAAUACUUUUGUUCUAACUAAACAAUGUCAGUUUAGAUAUCCUUACUGUCUUGUGUAUUUGUACAAUUUGCUCUGAUGUGGCUUUUUGCCCAAAUCUAUGCAGAAAAUGAAAACACAAUUUUGACCAAGUGACCUUCUUCAUUUGCAUUUGUUAAUGAUGUCCUCAUUGCUAACAACAUAUCCUUUUACUACUCAAACAGAUUUUCCAGGGUCCAUGCCAGAUGCUACAUGGGAAGGUGAUCUAAGGGCAAUAAAAUGGAGUGAUGACAGGACUCAUGAUGGUUGUCACGGUAAUAUGCAUUCAUUGUUUUGUUCUUGUAUGAAAGUCAUAGAUAACAGUGCACAUGAUACUUUCAAGAGAGAAAGACAUAGCACACAGAAAGUGUGGCUAAUGUAACUGUAUUUCAAAACCCUCUAGAUUUACAGCCAUAUCAGUGACCCUUUUUAGGGACAGGCAUUUGCCCAAUUUAUUAUGCUGCCAGCACUCAAAAGGUUAAUGCUAUCUAGUAUGUCAUAUUUUAUUAUUAUUAUUAUUAUUUGAAGGGGAAUUGUUACCCCCUUGGGUUUUUAACUUUACGUUUACUUAUACCCACAUUUAACAAUUAUAUAAUUUGUGAAUGAUGACAAACAAAACAUUAAAGGGACACUCCGCUCCCCAAAUGCAAAAUAAAUGAAAAUCACUUUUUAGAAGAUACUCCAAAUCAUAACUUGCAUGUAUUUAACCCCUUAAGGACUGGACUGUUUUUGCGAUGUUGUACAUUUGCGACCAGGCAUAUUUUUACACUUUUGUGGUGUUUGUGUUUGGCUGUAAUUUUCCGCUUUCUCAUUUACUGUUCCCAUACAAAUUAUAUAUUGUUUUUUUCAGGACAAAAGGGGCUUUCUUUACAUACCAUUAUUUAUAUAAUCUCAUGUAUUUUAAUUUAAAAAAAAUACAAAAAUCUGAUGAAAAAUUGAAAAAAAUACAUGUUUUUUGACUUUUACUUGAAAAAUCUUUUACUCAUCUACAAAAGCGAAUGAAAAAAACUGCUAAAUAGAUUCAAAAUUUUGUCCUGAGUUUAAAAAUACCUAGUGUUUACGUGCUUUUUUGCUUUUUUUUGCAUGUUAUAGGGCUAUAGGUACAAGUAGGAUAUUGCGGUUUCAAAACAUACAUUUUUAAAAUUUAUCAAUAGUGACAUUGUAACACUAUUAUCUGUCAUAAAUCUCUGAAUAACACCCCACAUGUACAUAUUUUUUUUAAAGUAGACAACCCAGGGUAUUCAAUAUGGGGUAUGUCCAGUCUUUUUUAGUAGCCACUUAGUCGAAAACACUGGCCAAAGUAAGCAUUCAUAUUUGUUUGUGUGUGAAAAAGUAAAAACUAAAUUGAACGCUAAUUUUGGCCAGUGUUUGUGACCAAGUGGUUACUAAAAAAGACUGGACAUACCCCAUUUGCAAUACCUUGGGUUGUCUUCUUUUGCAAAUGGUAUGCCAUCAUGGGGGUAAUUCUCAUUCCUGGGCUACCAUACGCUCUCAAAGGCAACGUAACCAACCUGGCCAUUUUCAAUGUAAAAAUAUUUGACCCAUAUAUUUGACCUUGUAACUUUCAAAAAUGCUAUAAAACCUGUACAUGGGGGGUACUGUUUUACUCGGGAGACAUCGCUGAACACAAAUAUUAGUGUUUAAAAACUGGAAAACGUAUCACAACAAUUAUAUCAUCAGUAAAAGUGCUGUUUGUGUGUGAAAAAUGCAAAAAAAGUCACUUUCACUGACAAUAUCAUCGCUGUGAUAUGUUUUACUGUUUUGAAUCACUAAUAUUUGUGUUCAGCGAAGUCUCCCGAGUAAAACAGUACCCCCCAUGUACAGGUUUUAGGGUGUCGUAGAACGUUACAGGGUAAAAUACAGUGCUAGCAAAUUAAAUUCUCUGGAAUUUCGGCCUGGGUUGGCAGGCAGGUCCCUCAAAUUGCAAUCAAUAAAAUUACUGAAUUAUGUAAAAAUAUUACAUAAAUACGCACGUAGAAUUUAAAUAUAUAUGCAUAUUUAUAUAUUUGAAGUCUACGUGUAUAUUUAUAUAAUUAUUUAUGUAAUUUUGUAUAUGGACAUAUGUAUAUUUCUUAUUAUUUUUAUUUAUUUUUAUAUACAUAGAUAUAUAUACAAAUUCAUUCUAAGUGUAUUUUAUAUAAAUAUAUAUAUAUAUAUAUAUAUAUAUAUAUAUAUAUAUAUAUUUUAAAAUACAGUUAGAAUAAAAUUUCAUAUAGCUAUAUAAUUUUUUUUAAAUUUUCUAUUUAAAUUUUUUUUUAUUUAAUUUAAAUUACUUAUUAUUUAUAUUUUAUAAUAUAUAUAUAUACAAUAUAUAAUUAUAUAUAUUAUAUAUAUACGUGUGUAAUUUAAUUAUAAGUGUAUUUUUAUAUUAAUAUAAGUACAUAUUAAUAUAAAAAUACACUUAGUAUGGCAUUAUAUAUACACAUAUAUAAUUAUUUAUUUUUUAUUAACAUACUUUAUUUUAAUUUUUUGAUUUUACAGUUGCAGGGAGACUGCCUGUCAGCACAGGCAGUCCCCCUGCAGGCAGACACAUGGACACCUAUUGUGACCAUGUGAUCGCUGUGUUAAGCGAUCACAUGGCCCCAGGGGUCCUAAAUCAGUGUGGGGAGACUGUCUGGGCUGCAGGCAGUCUCCCCACAACCGGAGCCACGCUGAUCGCCGCCGGGGGAACGACGGCGAUCAGGUAAGUAGCUCUGACCGUUAGGACGGUUCAGGACCGUCAUCGGUCGGCAAUGCAAAAAUGCCGAUGACGGUCCUGAACCGUCCUCGGUCCUUAAGGGGUUAAUUAUGCUUUUAUUUUCCUUGGGAGUAUAUCUACAAACAGCUUUAAAAACCUGCAGUUCUCUUGUCUGCUGCCUUUCCAAGCCCUCCUCUUCUAAACCCACCCAGACUUUCUGUGGCCAACCACAGACAUCCAAUGCCGCUCAAUGAGAAGCCUUUGCAAGGCAGCUGCUCUGAGCAGUUGUUGCCUCUUGACUUUAGCUCCUGAGCUAACCAAACCAGGAAGUAACAAAACAGAUUGUCUGUCUGAUUGAAAUCCAUGGGGUGUAACCAGGUUAACUGACAAAAGUGCCAAUUUCUAUUGAUAUAUGUACUUUUUGCAAAUUGAAAAAAUAGGGCACAAAAGCUUUUCAGCAAGCUAAAGUGCAUUAGGGGUCUGGAGUGCCCCUUUAAAUGUAGACAGCCACACUUCUUUAUUCUGCAACUAGGCACCUCCAUCUUAGGCUAUCAGUCAUUGGAGAAGAGAAUAUUUUCUUCAUUUACAAUGUUUGCCCUGGCUGUGCCUUCUCUGAACUGGAGUAUGAUGUUUGCUAAACCUUUGUUAUACAUUUAAAAGAAAACAUAGCAUCUAACAAGAAAAGGUCAACAAAGUUUUAUUCCAUGUGUACAUUCCAGAGAAGUGUCAGUUCCCCUUUAAAGAGGUGCAGCACAAGUAAAGAAAACAUAAUUGCAAAAAAAUAAAUAUUGAAAUGCAGAAACAAUAGUUGAAGCGGGCUCUUUUGAAAUUAUCUUACUACCUGAAAGGUGUGUGUGUGUGUGUGUGUGUGUGUGUGUGUGUGUGUGUUUUCUCCAAAAAGUAAAUCAUGUUGUAUUCAAAAUAUAAACGUUUUGACCCGUAGGUCUUUAUCAAGAUCUGUGUAACAGUAAAAACAGUGUUUAUAUAGGACAUAAAGUGCAACUAAGUGAUAACUUAUCCUGUGCAGGUGUACUAGAAUAUUAAGUACAAAUGUUUACACUGCACCUUAUUACAUCUGGGUUCCACUACUUUGGUCUAUUAUAUCUUUACCGUUAUACUCUCAGCACAUCGCUGAUGCAAAUCCUUAUUUCCAUCAAUUAUUAGUAUCCUCCUAUUUGUUUUUAAAGAACAGAUUUUCAUGCAUGAAUUCAUAUCACACUUAUAUUUACUGGCUGGUUAGUGUUACCAUAGUAACAAGACGCAAUCACCACACUAUCUCAUUACGUUCACAUCCUUCACGCACGCACGGUCACUCUCCACACUUCAUAGCGCCCGAGCUCAGAUUGAGGUGAAAACACCUGCACAGGGUAAGUUAUCACUUAAUUGCACUUUGUCGUAUAUAAAAACUGUAUUUACUGUUACAUAGAUCUUGAUAAAGACCUAAGGGUCGAAACGUUGAUGAUAUUUUGAAUACAAAAUGAUUUACUUUUUGGACCAAAUCCACUGAGUGUUCUCAUUUUUUUUCUAUCCUCUACAAUUAUGCUGUGCAACACCGUGGUCUAUUUACCUUAUACUAGUUUAAGGAAGAGUGCCAGAUUCCCAACUUUUUUCAUAUAUAUAAAUAUUACAUUGAAAUAUAGCUAGAUAGAAAAUAGUAUAUUAGUUGUACAAAGAAUGUACGGUUUGUAAAUAUUAUCUAACAUUUGCUUGUUGUAGUGGAGCAGGUAAAACAAAAGUAGAUGAGACAGGCUGCAUGUAAUACCUUGCUAUCCAAACAUGGUUCGACCAACACUGAAAUCUUUCAAAGAAAAUUCACAAAGACUUUAGCAUAACACCUGUUAUAAACUACUUGGAAAUGCUUAGGACAGAGAUAUCACAUCUUCAUUAUAUUUAUUUUUAUCAAUAUAAUAAUAAACUAGCUGAAAAUUGAUUUUAAAAAAAGUUUUUAGCUUAGAGUAUUGGAUAUUUUAGUUUAGCAUUAAAAUGAAUGUAUUAACAGGAGUGCCGAGGUUAGUGUUGGGAUACUGUAGUGUUAAUGGUUAGUGACCGUGUAGGGAUUAAAAUUUCACCUGAGAUAUAGAGGUAAGAACAGAGGACAUGUGAUAGACUGGCUUAUGGGGGCAUGCAGAGUGAUGACCUGAAUAUGAAGUUCCACCUGGAAAGGAGCAAGGCUGCCCAAAGAAAGGUCAUGCCAAUCUGGCGUGAAUGCACUUUAGGCUAACUGUCAGUCUCCCUGGACAGCCAAACUAAGGGCAGACCAUGCAUAGAGCAAUGCUAAAGAUCUCUAGCAUGUUCUAAUGACGGGUUUUCGUUGUACUCUCUGGGGAUAGUUCUCUGGCGUCUCUUGAUGUAGUAUACCAGAGAACCAGCCCAGGACAAUUUUUAAUUGAGAGCAUAUCUAAAAACAGCUUGUAAAAUCUGCAGCUCUCUUGCCUGAUGCUUUUGCAAGCUAUCUCCUUCCUAAGCACAGACUUUCUGUGUCUAUCCAUUCACUGAUUUCCCAAUGCAGCUUUUUGAGAAGUCGUUGCAAAACUCCACUGAUUGAAAGUACCACAAGUCUUUUGGGACUGGUCAACAGUAUGUUCACCCCAGUAUAUUUAAUUGAAGCUACCACCCACUGCCUAUGGGUGGGGGCUAGGGGCGCACUUUCUCAAUCGGAAGUGGUUUAUUAAUGCGUCUGCGAGUGGGGCACAGGGAAAGUGUUAAACCUCAUUUGUACUGAUGUGAGAAUCGUUGUUUUAGUGCUUAAUCACUUUCUUAAACAUUAUUCACCCUCAUACAGAAUUAUAUAGAACUACUUUUAGCAUAUUUAGCGUGAUUGAGAAUUUCCAGGGCAUUUUAGCAUUUUAAAAUAUGUAUUCCUUUCUUUUUCCCCUUAGGACAUUACGUCAGAAAUGUUUGCAUUUAUGGAUCAGGUGAUUUGAAAUGGUUACUCAAUUCAGAAAGAUUAUUUGCUAAUAAAUUUGAAUUGACGCGCUACCCCCCAACAGUAGAAUGUCUGGAAAUAAAACUACGGCAACGUGCUCUAGAGGAUAGUGAAAGUGAACUGCAGUCUCAUUGGUUUCUAUAAUUUGUUAAAUGCUUAUGGAUGUCUUGCAUGAUGUUUAUAAAACAAGAACAUUCAACCUUUAACACCCUGUGUGUUGUGGAGCUCCGGCUUAUUCUGCGAAGACCUCCAGCACUUGGACAGGACAUCACUGGAGUUUCAGCCCAAAGUAGCAGGAGCACUGAAGUUUAACUCUCUCCUGUAAAUCUAGAGCUUAAAGUGAACCGGUUAUCCUUAAGGAAGUCACUUACCAGGACUUGUAAAAUGCCAUUUCAUCACUUGGAGACCAAUGUUGACUGCCAUGAUUUUAAGUGUAGCCAGACUGUGGUCAUAAUAUGUAUAGUGAAAUUAUGUUUCAGCUAACAAUAUACUUGUAUUGCAAAUUUAGCUGGCACACUGUAUAAAUACAAUUGUAUUCUGUAAAGUGAAAUCAAGUCAUGUUGAUCAGGGCACAUGAACAUCAAAGGAGAAAUGUCCCAUUGUAGAGUUUUAAUAUUGUGUUUUAUUUAUCCAUUUAUUUAACAAAGAAGUAUUUGUGAGGUGUAAAAAAUAAAAUUAAAUGUAG